AUGAGUCUCACAUCAUGGUUCCUGGUGAGCAGCGGGGGCACUCGCCACCGUCUGCCCCGGGAGAUGAUCUUCGUCGGCCGAGACGACUGCGAGCUCAUGCUGCAGGUGAGCACAGCUCCAACUGCUAGAACACAACAUGAUUCAACACAACACAACACCAGUCACUGUAGACAUAGAUCAUACCUGAAUUAAUGACUACUUGGUAUUCACAGACUGUUUACUGAAAGUAUCAUAGUCUUUUAUUAUUUUUCUCCUUUAUAUGCUAGCGCCCAGGGGUGAUCUCACCAUUUUGAUAAACAUUGAUACGGUGGGUGGGGGCUGUAUCUAAGGAAACACCAUGCAACAUAAUCAGACAAUGGCAAUAUGAUAUAUCCACAGGCACCCUGGUUUAAACACACAACUUCCUUUGUUUUUAGUGGAGCUGUUGGUGUUUCCAGAGGCUACGCCUGGAGCAGCUAAGCAGGCUGCUGCCGCUGUGAAAGUGAUAGGGCUGAGAGCACCUUCUGUGUGAAAAAAAUAAAAUAUGUAUGCACUCACUAACUGUAAGUCGCUCUGGAUAAGAGCGUCUGCUAAAUGACUAAAAUGUAAAUGUAAAUGUAUAUCACACACACAACCUCUAACCCCUGGGGAUUAGGUCAUGUGAACACAGCUAGUAACCCUUAUGUUGCAUGGUUUUUAGGAGGAAGGGAAUGCAUCAAGCUCACUGCCUUUUGGACAACCCUGUUGUUCAGUUUAAAUGUGAUAUGUACAUUUUUACAAUGCUAUUUUACAAAGCUUGUAUCUCCUGAGGAUAAUGUAUCUGAGCUUUGCAAGUUUUGAUAUUUAUAUCAAGUUUAAAUAUUUAAUUUAUACAUGAAUAGCUGUGUUAUUCUUAAUACUAUUUUAUCUAGGGUCUCAUUUUACCACCCCACAGAGUACCAGGCCUGACAUCUAGGCAGGACUCAGCAGAGUACCAGGCCUGACAUCUAGGCAGGACUCAGCAGAGUACCAGGCCUGACAUCUAGGCAGGACUCAGCAGAGUACCAGGCCUGACAUCUAGGCAGGACUCAGCAGAGUACCAGGCCUGACAUCUAGGCAGGACUCAGCAGAGUACCAGGCCUGACAUCUAGGCAGGACUCAGCAGAGUACCAGGCCUGACAUCUAGGCAGGACUCAGCAGAGUACCAGGCCUGACAUCUAGGCAGGACUCAGCAGAGUACCAGGCCUGACAUCUAGGCAGGACUCAGCAGAGUACCAGGCCUGACAUCUAGGCAGGACUCAGCAGAGUACCAGGCCUGACAUCUAGGCAGGACUCAGCAGAGUACCAGGCCUGACAUCUAGGCAGGACUCAGCAGAGUACCAGGCCUGACAUCUAGGCAGGACUCAGCAGAGUACCAGGCCUGACAUCUAGGCAGGACUCAGCAGAGUACCAGGCCUGACAUCUGAGCAGGGCUCAGCAGGGGGUGUCUUCCCAGAAGCCCUCCCAGAAAACUGUCAGAACCUGAAUAUUCACAUGAAACCUGAUUAUAUAACCUCCUAUCCCCUUCUUUAUUCUGCCUCUGUGGUUCUGUGUUGUUACAUUGCCUCAAGAGGUAAUUCAGACAAUUGGAGAAUUGUGAGCCACUAACCUCACAGAGACCUGCAUUUGUUGUUAUUACAGAAGUCAAUACAACACUACAGUAGUAAUAGUAUAAAGACUGAUAGUAACUGAAUGGGCUUUGUUUAGGAGUACUCAGGGAGGGCAUGCUGCAUGGGAAUGGUAGUCUACCUCACUCUGGGCACAGUGUGUGUGUGUGUGUGUGUGUGUGUGUGUGUGUGUGUGUGUGUGUGUGUGUGUGUGUGUGUGUGUGUGUGUGUGUGUGUGUGUGUGUGUGUGUGUGUGUGUGUGUGUGUGUGUGUGUGUGCGUGCGUGUGUCCACGCAUGCAUGUGUGUAAGAGAGAAUGUCCCAGACAGAGAUAUUUAUAGAAAGUGGGGCAGAUACCUCCUGAGUUAGAUCUAUCCUGACUGAACGGGCUCCAUAGGAAGUAGAGUGGCUGCUGCAUUGCCAACUGUGGAGCAGAGAAUGGGUGUGGUGUAGCAACAGUAUAUCAUAUACUACUUAUGCGCAAACGGCUCAAUUAAAUCAGUAUCGCGGAAGAUUCAAUCCGUGGUAUAGCGCGAUUUAAAUUUAAAGGCAAUGUUCCCGUGUUCGCAGAGAUUGCAUUCACAGUAAGCGCUGCAUAUUUCGUCUCAAUCAGAAAUUACCUUUAAAUUUCAAUCGCGCUACAGCGCGGAUCUUGAACGCUAUGGUUUGAAUCUAGGCCUUAGACAUAGGUUUCAAAGCAACAGCAAUGGUAGUAAAACGAAUUGGUAAACCUAUUGGUUGUAGAAUAAUCCUUCAAAAAGUGUCACAGUACAAUGAUACAAAUGUACUUUCUGUGCUCCUUGAUGUCAACUCUGUGAAUCUAACUAAAUUAAACUUUCCACGCCAACUUAAGUAGUUGAUUACUCACUGGUCAGGUUUGCUUAGUGCCUGUCCCUUUUUCAGCAAGGCUCUGGCCCCUGACUCUGUACAACGAGUACAUGUAUUUUAAAGUAACUGAAUUGUACUGUAUGUGUGGCAAUACUGACAAUGCUUCAGUCCUUAACAGUGAUGUAGCUAGUGGUAAAAUACAAUUGGUGGGUAAACUCUGAUCACCGGUCACAGUGAAAAAAGUAACGCUCCCUAUACAGUGAGUUUUUGAUUCCCUGCUGAUUUUGUACGUUUGCCCACUGACAAAGACAUGAUCAGUCUAUAAUUUUAAUGAUAGGUUUAUUUGAACAGUGAGAGACAGAAUAACAACAAAAAAAUCCAGAAAAACGCAUGUCAAAAAUGUUAUAAAUUGAUUUGCAUUUUAAUGAGGGAAAUAAGUACAUGACUUAGUACUUGGUGGCAAAACCCUUGUUGGCAAUCACAGAGGUCAGACGUUUCUUGUAGUUGGCCAACAGGUUGGCACACAUCUCAGGAGGGAUUUUGUCCCACUCCUUUUUGCUGACGUUUGGCAACUCGAACCUUCAGCUCCCUCCAAAGAUUUUCUAUGGGAUUAAGGUCUGGAGACUGGCUAGGCCACUCCAGGACCUUAAUGUGCUUUUUCUUGAGCCACUCCUUUGUUGCCUUGGCCGUGUGUUUUGGGUCAUUGUCAUGCUGGAAUACCCAUCCACGACCCAUUUUCAAUGCCCUGGCUGAGGGAAGGAGGUUUCUCACCCAAGAUUUGACGGUACAUGGCCCCGUCCAUCGUCCCUUUGAUGCGGUGAAGUUGUCCUGUCCCCUUAGCAGAAAAACACCCCCAAAGCAUAAUGUUUCCACCUCCAUGUUUGACGGUGGGGAUGGUGUUCUUAGGGUCAUAGGCAGCAUUCCUCCUCCUCCAAACACGGCGAGUUGAGUUGAUGCCAAAGAGCUCCAUUUUGGUCUCAUCUGACCACAACACUUUCACCCAGUUCUCCUCUGAAUCAUUCAGAUGUUCUGGGCUGAUUCCUCACCAUUCUCAUGAUCAUUACAACUCCACGAGGUGAGAUCUUGCAUGGAGCCCCAGGCCGAGGGAGAUUGACAGUUAUUUUGUGUUUCUUCCAUUUGCGAAUAAUCGCACCAACUGUAGUCACCUUCUCACCAAGCUGCUUGGCGAUGGUCUUGUAGCCCAUUCCAGCCUUGUGUAGGUCUACAAUCUUGUCGUCCCUGACAUCCUUGGAGAGCUCUUUGGUCUUGGCCAUGGUGGAGAGUUUGGAAUCUGAUUGAUUGAUUGCUUCUGUGGACAGGUGUCUUUUAUACAGGGAACAAACUGAGAUUAGGAGCACUCCCUUGACGUGUACCUAUGAUGAAAAUUACAGGCCUCUCUCAUCUUUUUAAGUGGGAGAACUUGCACAAUUGGUGGCUGACUAAAUACUUUUUUCCCCCACUGUAUGUGCAAGUAGAGAUACUGGGGUGCAAAAGAGCAAAAUAAAUAACAAUAUAGGGAUGAGGUAGUUGGGUGGGCUAAUUUCAGAUGGGCUGUGUACAGGUGCAGUGAUCGGUAAGGUGCUCUGACAACUGAUACUUAAAGUUAGUGAGGGAGAUAAGAGUCUCCAGCUUCAGAGAUUUUUGCAAUUCGUUCCAGUCAUUGGCAGCAGAGAGCUGGAAGGAAUGGCGGCCAAAGGAGGUGUUGGUUUUGGGGAUGACCAGUGAGAUAUACCUGCUGGAACGCAGACUACGGGUGGGUGCUGCUAUGGUGACCAAUGAGCUAAGAUAAGGCGGGGAUUUGCCUAGCAGUGAUUUAUAGAUGGCCUGGAGCCAGUGGGUUUGACGAUGAACAUGUAGUGAGGACUAGCCAACAAGAGCGUACAGGUCACAGUGGUGGGUAGUGUAUGGGGCUUUGGAGAAAAAACGGAUGGCACUGUGAUAGACUUCAUCCAAUUUACUGAGUAGAGUGUUGGAGGCUAUUUUGUAAAUGACAUCGCCGAAGUCAAGGAUCGGUAGGAUAGUCAGUUUUACGAGGGCAUGUUUGGCAGCAUGAGUGAAGGAGGCUUUGUUGCGAAAUAGGAAGCCGAUUCUAGAUUUAACUUUGGAUUGGAGAUUCUUAAUGUGAGUCUGGAAGGAGAGUUUACAGUCUAACCAGACACCUAGGUAUUUGUAGUUGUCCACAUACUCUAGGUCAGACCCGUCGAGAGUAGUGAUUCUAGUCGGGUGGGCGGGUGCCAGCAGCGUUCGAUUGAAGAGCAUGCAUUUAGUUUUACUAGUGUUUAAGAGCAGUUGGAGGCUACUGAAGGAGUGUUGUAUGGCAUUGAAGCUCGUUUGGAGGUUUGUUAACACAGUGUCCAAUGAAGGGCCAGAUGUAUACAAAAUGGUGUAGUCUGCGUAGAGGUGGAUCUGAGAGUCACCAGCAGCAAGAGUGACAUCAUUGAUAUACACGGAGAAAAGAGUCGGCACUUGAAACCCUGGCUUCACAUACACUUUCUUGGAGACACAAAUCAAGUCCUCCUUCAACCUCAGCAAUCCUCAGUUUGUCUCUGUCUACUAAUGAGUCAUUAAGCAGCAGGUCAUUAUUAAUACAUCAGCACAUCCCCAAUAGAAGUUAUAAGUUACCAUGCUAAAUGGCUUCUAAAGAACAAACAGUUCAGAGUGCCAACAAGAUACUUAAAAGUUUUACUGCUGAAAUCAGCAUUGUUGGAAUGAAAGGAACAAGGAGGCUGUCUUUUAAACAGGAUCCUCUUUUCUUGUGUGGGUCUCUCUGAUGACCUGGGGGAAAGAGAAGAGUUGGUACUUUGUUUAGUGUGAGUCUGCCAACGGAAAAUACGCCUAGAGGUCUGGGCCAUGUGACUGUUGUCACAUGGGUAUCUCAGCAAUGUACAGGUUUAAGAUCCGUUGCAUGGCUUCCCAACGCAAGGGUAUCAGACUCAAAUCUGGACCACUCCCAACUAGGCCUCUUGUAGUUAGUAACAGUCAAAUCAUGUUUAUGUUUGAAACGAUUUAUUCCACGAAGGAAACAGUCUCUCAUGCUCUGUUCUCUACAAUACUGUAUAUACAGUAUGCUAUCUACAGUAGGCUUAUGUGAGUGUGAAUGGCAUGUUUUAUUUCUCACUUAUAUAUAACAAGUAAUUUUCACCAUGACACUUAGUUACUUCAAAUGCAUGAUUUAAUAGACAGUCCCUCUCCCUUCAUUCUCCUGAAUCACAUAGCAUGUUUUCAUGCUCUGAACAGAGAUGGAAAAGACAAGACUCCAGUAGACGUAUGUGUGGGUGCUUUAGCUUUCUGUGUCUGUAUGGAUGCUCGAUAUGGCUCGUCUCCUCUGCAGUGUGGGAACUGGGAGAUACUGUUCUAUUGUAGGUGGGCUGGAUCUCUACCACAGAGUCAGGCCAGAUCAAACGAGCCCUGUUAUCAGACAUGCAGUGUGGCACACAGAGAUUAGGUGCAUGGGAUUGGAGAUGAAGCUCCCAGCAGGCCACCUCUCUCUUUCUCUCACUUCAGGGGGGAAUCUUAAUUUGAGAUCUGUGCACUUACAGUAAGUGGACGUUUGUGUAAAUCGUGCAUUGAUGUCAAUGGAAGAUUUGUGUGAAGUUAGGAUAUCUGUCACACAUCGCUUAGCCAUGCCGGCAGUAAAACAUAUAAACAUGCAAACAUACACACUUAUUUCCUUACCGCUUCGAAACGGACUGGUAUUCAAAACAGACAAUAUUACUCAGACCUAGGCUACUUGGCAUGGAGCGAUAUCAGAAAAGUCUUAUCUCUAUAUUGUACUGUAUGUGUCUAGUCCCUGUGCUGUGGUAUGUACUGUGUCACAGACACUAGUCUCCUGGUCUAAUCUGGUUUGAUCACAAACCUAAUCUACAGGGGAAGGUUUGCCCUCAACAAAUGUGUAUAUGGAAUCAGAAUACAGUAUCUGCUCUGUGCAAGAAUUCUCCAUGUGUCCUUUAUCCAUUGUCCUAUCAUUUUCUAAAUGUCAUGACUCAUGACAAUUUGAAUUAUGAGUGGAAUUUGGCAUUGAAUUUUUUUGUUUGUUUAGUGUACAUCCCUGAUCCAUUCUCUAAAGUUUGCAAUAUCUAGAUGUUUCAAAUAAAUCAAACUCUAAAGAGCUGAUAGGGCGCUCUCUGGAGAUGGCAAUAAAUCUAUACUAUCUAUCUCUCUUCCUCCCUCCACUUCCCCCUACAUAUUGUGUUGUGUGUGUGUGUGUUUGUGCGUCCAUCUCUGUCUGUUUGAGAAUAAUACAGGGCCGAACUGUGUUAUAAAAAAGGGCGGCAGGUAGCCUAGCAGUUAGAGCGUUGGGCCAGUAACCGAAAGGUUGCUGGUUCGGAUAUCCGAGUGGGCAAGGUGAAGAAUCUGUUGAUGUGCCCUUGAGCAAGGCACUUAACUCGAAUUUGCUCCAGGGGUACGGUACUAGUGGAGAAUAAACUGGAUGAUCUCCGUUCGAGACUAUCCUACCAACGGGACAUUAAAAACUGUAAUAUCUUAUGUUUCACCGACGACAUGGAUAAUAUACAGUUGGCUGGGUUUUCCGUGCAUCGGCAGGACAGAACAGCUACGUCUAGUAAGACGAUGGUUGGGAGUGUGUGUCUAUUUUUCAAUAGCAGCUGGAUGUAUAAUAUUAAGAAAGUCUUGAGGUAUUGCUCGCCUGAGGUAGAGUAUCUCAUGAUAAGCUGUAGACCACACUAUCUACCAAGAGUGUUUUCAUCUAUAUUUUUCGUAGCCAUCUAUUUACCACCACAAACCGAUGCUGGCACUAAGGCCGCACUCAACAAGCUGUAUAAGACCAUAAGCAAACAACAAAAUGCUCAUCCAGAAGCGGCGCUUCUAGUGGCCAGGGACUUUAAUGCAGGCAAAAUUAAAUCAGUUUUACCUCAUAUCUACCAGCAUGUCACAUGUGCAACCAGAGGGAAAAAAACACUACACCACCUUUACUCCACACACAGAGACGCAUACAAAGCUCUCCCUCGCCCUCCAUUUGGCAAAUCUGACCAUAAUUAUGUCCUCCUGAUUCCUGCUUACAAGCAAAAACUAAAGCAGGAAGUACCAGUGACUCACUCAAUACGGAAGUGGUCAGAUGACACGGAUGCUAGGCUACAGGACUGUUUUGCUAGCACAGACUGGAAUAUGUCCUAGGAUUCAUCCAAUGGCAUUGAGGAGUAUACCACCUCAGUCACCGGCUUCAUCAAUAAGUGCAUCGACGAUGUCAUCCCCACAGUGACCGUACGUACAAAUCCCAACCAGAAGCCAUGGAUUACAGGCAACAUCCGCACCGAGCUAAAGGCUAGGAACAGGACACUAAUCCGGACGCUUAUAAGAAAUCUCGCUAUGCCCUCAGACGAACCAUCAAAUAGGCAAAGCGUCAAAACAGGACUAAGAUUGAAUCCUACUACACCAGCUCUGACCCUCGUCGGAUGCGUCAGGCCUUGCAAACUAUUACAGACUACAAAGGGAAACCCAGCCGCGAGCUGCCCAGUGACGCGAGCCUACCAGACGAGCUAAAUGCCUUUUAUGCUCGCUUCGAGGCAAGCAACACUGAAGCAUGCAUGAGAGCAACAGUUGUUCCGGAAGACUGAGUGAUCACGCUCUCCGUAACCGAUGUGAGCAAGACCUUUAAACAGGUCAACAUUCACAAGGCUGUGGGGCCAGACGGAUUACCAGGACGUGUACUCAGAGCAUGCGCGGACAAACUGGCAAGUGUCUUCACUGACAUUAAAAACCUCUCCCUGACCGAGUCAGUAAUACCUACAUGUUUCAAGCAGACCACCAUAGUCCCUGUGCCAAAGAAAGCGAAGGUAACCUGCCUAAAUGACUACCGCCCCGUAGCACUCACGUCGGUAGCCAUGAAGUGCUUUGAAAGGCUGGUCAUGGCUCACAUCAACACCAUCAUCCUGGAAAACCUAGACCCACUCCAAUUCGCAUACCGCCCCAACAGAUCCACAGAUGACGCAAUCUCAAUCGCACUCCACACUGCCCUUUCCCACCUGGACAAAAGGAACACCUAUGUGAGAAUGCUGUUCAUUGACUACAGCUCAGCGUUCAACACCAUAGUGCCCACAAACCUCAUCACUAAGCUAAGGACCCUGGGACUAAACACCUCCCUCUGCAACUGGAUCCUGGACUUCCUGACGGGCCGCCCCCAGGUGGUAAGGGUAGGCAACAACACAUCUGCCACGCUGAUCCUCAACACGGUUCCUUGGUGUCCACAUCACCAACAAACUAUCAUGGUCCAAACACACCAAGACAGUCGUGAAGAGGGCACGACAACACCUUUCCCCCUCAGGAGAAUGAAAAGAUUUGGCAUGGGUCCCCAGAUCCUCAAAAAGUUAUACAGCUGCACCAUUGAGAGCAUCCUGACCGGUUGCAUCACCGCCUGGUAUGGCAACUGCUCGGUAUCCGACCCUAAGGCGCUACAGAAGGUAGUGCGUACGGCCCAGGACAUCACUGGGGCCAAGCUUCCUGCCAUCCAGGACCUAAAUACUAGGCGGUGUCAGAGGAAGGCCCAAUAAAUUGUCAAAGACUCCAGUCACUCAAGUCAUAGACUGUUCUAUCUGCUACCGUACGGCAAGCGGUACCGGAGCGCCAAGUCUAGGUCCAAAAGACUCCUUAACAGCUUCUACCCCCAAGCCAUAAAACUGCUGAACUAUUAAUCAAUUGGCCACCCAGACUAUUUACAUUGAACAACCCCCCCCCCCCCCCCCCCCCCCCUUUGUUUUUACACUGCUGCUACUCGCUGUUUAUUAUCUAUACAUAGUCACUUUACCCCUACCUCCAUGUACAAAUUACCUCCACUAACCUGUACCCCCACACAUUGACUCGGUACCGGUAUAUAUAUAUAUAUAAAAAAUAAAAAAGUAUUAUAAAUGGAAAUAUACAGUACAUACCUCUGUGUUACAAAAAUGUAAUCUGACCUCAAAGCACAAUUGUGUUAACAAUGCAUGUUAUUCCUCCUUCAAACACUGACAUUGCUGCAUGGUUGGAUGUUGAAACUAUCAUGCACACAUAUUUCAAGUUCAGCAUUGAUGUCAAGUUACCAUCUAACAAUGUAUAACACCAUUACUGUUGUGUUUGUGUUUACAGUCGCGGAGUGUUGACAAGCAGCAUGCAGUCAUCAACUAUGAGUUGACCAGCGAUGAGCACAAAGUCAAGGACCUGGGCAGCCUGAACGGGGUGAGUGAGGGCAGGGGAGGGGAGGAGAAGAUAUGUAAAAGGGUCAGAGGUCAGGGGUUAAAGGGAAAUUUCACUGCUGCUCUAUUUCACUAUAUAUGUCCAUUAAAAUGUUAUUAACAUAUCAUAUGUGUCAUAAAAAUUUUGCAUUUCCUCACUACACGCAAAUAUGAGCGUUUCUGCAUCUCAACGGUAGAAACGGGCCAGCUACAUUUUCUGGCUGUAAGCAAAUCAUAAUAUCCAGAAUUCAUAGUGAUUUCAGGAUGUAGUACCACCCCUUGGAGGUGUAUCCAGUUGAUGUGAGAAAUAUCAAAAUGUCUGUGUUUGUAGCCAGCACUUUCAGCCAGAGGAUUUCGAAACGGAACUGAAGUCUCAACUAAUGGGUUUGCCAUGUCAUCGAAUGUUGAAAAGUGAUGCUAUUCCAUUGAUUUUCCCCUUCACUUCAAAGAGGAAGGCAUCCAAUCAGCCAACAUCAGAGCAGCAGUAAAGAAGUCAAGGUGAGGUAAGGUAGCUAACGAUCCCUAGCUAACUAGCUAGAUAGCAUCGAACUACAUUUGUUUAUCUAAACCAAAAUCUAGAUAGCUAGCUUUCAUAAUACGCUGGCUAGACAUUCCAAAGCAUAUCAAUGUAAUUAGCCAGCUUCUAAAUCUUUCCAUGACUCCAUGAUGAGCAAAUACAUAUACUGGAGAUAGGCAUAAACAUGGUCCGUGUCUUGUUGUCAUAGUUGGUGUGUUUACAAGUACUGUAGGCUGCAACUUCUACUGUAGUUUUCUCUGUAUUAUGGAGGCUUAGUUGAUUGUUGCUGCAAGGUUUGAAGUCUAAAUAGGAGAAAAUGAGGUAUUAGUAAGGAGGAGAUAGUGUGGGUGACUGACUGGUGUCUGUUGGGGGUGGGUAUUGUGUGUGAAGGUUAGUAUGCAUGAUCUAUUGACAUGAGGGGGGUGGGUGAAUAUAAUAACUUGUUUAAGUGUGUAUUGAUGGAGAAAAAGUUGUAAAAUGUUGGCUAAUCACUGACUACAGUGUGUUCUUCAGACUAAUCCUACUGCUGAUGACAAUGACCUUGACACCAGCUUUAGUAGUACAGAGCCUGUAGACCCAUUGGAUGAAAGCUUUCAGCCUGCAAUAAGCUCAAGCUCAACAUGAUCUGACUUUGAAACAAGCCAGGACAGCCAAAGUUAUUUAUGAAAGCACAAUAUCCUCUUGAGAAAACAAAAUUACCAAUACACUAAACUGUCUACAAGACAAGUGCUCCUCAAACGUUUCACACCCUUGCAGUCAGUUCUUUGGCAUGGGGAGAGGGGCUGUUAGUAUACUCUUCUAGCCUAUGCACUCUAUUGUUCGCAGUGCUUGUCUACUCAACAGCACAACUGUAAGUGCUCAUACACAACAAUACACGACUAGACUGUCUACAAGUCAAGCUCCCCUUACAGUUUUCACAUCUUUGCUAACAGCCUAUCUCAAUGCCCCAUUAUUGACUCUGAGUGUAACAAAACACAUACCAGUCUACUGUACCCUUUUUUGUUUUCAGAUGAACAUAGUUUAUUGUAUGGUUACACAUCCUCAUGAUCAGUCUUCAUGUAUUACACAUCCUCAUGAUCAGUCUUCAUGUCUUUCCAGGAGACUUGCAGUACAAACAAAUCUUCUGCAAGAGGUCGAAGCAGUGGGUGGUGAAGAAAGUGUACGAGAGGCUUGUCCACCUGACUGUGGAGUGCAGAAAGGACCAGACGGUUGUCUACAAGGAGCCGGAGUCACAGCCCCCCAAACCCAACAUCCCUGCCAACAUCACCACAGCGCAAAAGCCUGCCAAACCAGCUGCCAGUACCCAACACUAGAAGAGGUUCACCAGCUGAAGAACAUUCUAGAACCUGCCUGGAACAUUCACCAUAUUCAGUUAGACUGAUGUUGUAGUAUAAUAUAGAAUGUCUAGUAUGCUCACAACUGCAUUGUGGUAUAUAUAGUGCUAGCUGUUGUACAUACAGUAUGCAUAUAAUGGUGUUUUAUAGUUUUUACAACUGUACUGACAAGUGACUAAAUUAUUCCAGCUGCAUCAGAAACCAAUAAAGAGUUGACUUCAACUUCUGGAUCAAUUUAUUGUGAUAUUCAUGAAAUGUAUUUGGAUAAACUAGCUUCAGUCUUACUGCUAAAACAAAUGAUGCAGGGAGUUGGUGUAGCAUUUAAACUUACAUUUGUUGGCAAGUAAACAUGUUUCAAUAAAACAGUAGAUUAGUCUGUCAAUAUAGCAAAUAAGUAGACAUGGUUUGUAUUCAAGACAAAGUUUAUUUGCUCUGGAGACCGAGGUGAGUUUACACAGAAGUAUGCAGGAACAGUUAUGGCAAUGUAUGACAUAUAUAGUAGAAGAAAAAUAUACCACUAACGCUUAUAAUAGAUACUACAGUUCUACAAAGGGAAUACUUGCAUAUGGUGUGUUUGGGUGAUGCAGUGAGGUGUUCGGAGUCACUUUGAUACAAGGGGAGAUUGUUGUUAUGGGACCUUUCACAUCUCUUCAGAGUUAUCAACUUUGUAUCCAAGCGGUAUUGUCUUUGAGAGAAAUAUGAAAACGCUAUUACACAUUCAUGGGAAAUCAUUGUGUACUGUCUGUAUUCCUACUGUAGCAGCAUGGUGUAGAAUAUGAGACAUCUCACAGACACGUUAGCUAGCUAGCUGGCUAGCUACAACACACAGGUAUAGUUACUCCAAGACUAAUAUGAGUCAUAAAGCCAAAGUCAUUCCUUUACUCUCCACCAUCAUCAUCAAAACAUUUCUCAAAUUUUGCUCCUAAUGAGAGGCACUGAGGCUAGCUAGGCUAGUUAGCUAGCUAGCUAUAACAUCAGACUACCAUACAUUUUAGGUAUUGCAAAUACACAGCUAGCUAGCUAAACUUGGCUAGCUUGCCUUGUAGUGGUACUAGCAAGUACUGUUAUGGCCGAAACGUUCACCAAAUUGUACUGUACUGAAAAACACUGCCUCGUGUAAAAAGAUAACUUAUAUUGUUAGCUAGAUACUGACAGCAAAACAACUUAUUCAUUUGUAAUUUGCCCUCCUGAGUCCCGGUCCAGCUGGUCUAGGCUGCCACCGGUGCUUGCUGGUCUCGCAAUUAUUUUUCUCGCUGUCUCAACUCCUCUUCAGUGUAUUCCAGCUCAAAGAAACAGGGCUGUAUGUUCCUAUGUAAAAGAACAUCAAAAAAGGUUUUGUCAUCCUGCUCAUCUUGGAAAGAGGAAUCAUCAGAAGCAACCAUUGUAGCUAAUUCUUUUUGCAAUCUCGGAUAGACGGUAACAUAGCUCCUAUGAACCUGUAAACUAUUCUGUAGUCUUUACAAAGCCAGGAAAAUGAGUCAACCUAAAUAUCCUGCAAUGGCCUGGCAGAUAGGAACAUUGUUGAGACGAGUCCAAUGGCUUUAUUGAACAAGGACAACCAUAUCUACUAGCUGCUAGCUUGAUCGUGCAAUCGGCGAAACACAAAGGCCACAAUAAUUGCUACAAAACAUGAAUGCAUUCAUUUUUAGAUCAGACAGCAGGCACAAUCAACCAAUGACGUCAUUGGUUGAACUCUCCCAGGGCGAAAAUAAAAAAAUACAGCUAUAGUGCAUAAUUAUGUCUGAAACACCGUCUCAUCAUUCAUAAUUAUGUAGGGAGACAGGAAAACACCCCAAAUAGUGUCUAGCGGUGAAGUUUCCCUUUAAGUGCUUCAUCUCUAGGCUAAUAUUUGCUCCAGCUUUGACUUGAGCGGAAUUGACAGGGCUGGGUGUAAUACCUCACCCGUAAAUGUGUGUCGCCUCCCGAGUGGCGCAGCAGUCUAAGGCACUGCAUCGCAGUGCAUGAGGUGUCACUACAGACCCGGGUUCGAUCCCAGGCGACCCGGGUUCGAGCCCAGGCUGUGUCACAGCCGGCCGGCGCACAAUUGGCCCAGUGUCGUCCGGGUAAGGGAGGGCUUGGCCGGCCGGGAUUUCCUUGUCCUAUCGCGCUCUAGCGACUCCUUGUGGCGGGCAGGUCGCCAGCUGGACGGUGUUUCCUCUGACACAUUGGUGCGGCUGGCUUCCGGUUUAAACAAGCAGUGUGUCAAGAAGCAGUGCGGCUUGGCAGGGUCAUGUUUCUGAGGACGCAUGACUCUCGACCUUCGCCUCUCCCAAAUCCGUAGGGGAGUUGCAGCGAUGGGACAAGACUGUAACUACCAAUUGGGGAGAAAAAGGUGUAAAAGUACAAAAAAUAUAUAUAUAUAUUUGUGUCACAUGGCAUUAACAGAAUGUAUUCUCAAAUGAUGUGCCCCUAUUCUACACCAUAAGCUUUUCACGGCAGAGUAAAACCAUGUUGAAGUGCUCUUCCCACCACAUGGUGUGAGAAAUGUGUUAGUUAGUUCUAGUUCUGCUGAUGGCUCAGUGUGUAACUCACUCAGUGUGUAGGCUAACCCACUAGCUUGGAACCACUGUGACACAUUAUCUCAGGCAGGAAGCUGAAGUCAUAACCUCUUCCUCCUGAAUCAUGCACCAGCAUUCCUCCCCCGCUGUCCAAGGGCCCGUGGCGACAGGAAGUAGCAUUCCAUCCCAUGCUGGGCCAAUCAGAGCCUGACUGCUGAAUGACCUGCACAUCUUGCUCAUCUUUAGGAUAGAUCUUGAAUCAUAAGGAAAGUCAGCGGUAUUACUUAUUAUGUGUAUACUCAAUCUGUCCAGGACACUGUUCUGAUCAAUCCUGAUAACAACAACAGUCAUAACUGCAUCUCCUAAAUAGACAUUGUAACAACCUCUAAGCAAAGAUUUCAAUUACCCAAUUUAACCCUACUUCGCUUUUAGAGUAGAGUGUGAUUUCUAGUUCUAGAUGAAGGACCCAGAUAGGAAAAAUGACUUCUUGUCCCCUUCAUCAAGUUCUGUUACACUAUUUAGAGGUCAGACAGAGACAGACACAGAGUCAGUCUCAGGAAGCUUAAUCAGUGUCAGUGAUGAUUGAAAAUGUUUGGUCAGUGAGGCCAGAGAUGCUAGUGCUUUCCUGGCUCUGCUCUGCACCCACCAUCUGAUAUACCUUCCAUAAACAGACCACAUCAGCUGAUUCAACGAUGUCUCUGGCUGCAGUGGGACAUUUUUAACAUCACCUGAGUAUUUAAAGAGCCGUCUUUCCUUUUAUAAUGUCACUAUGGCUGGUUCUUAUGGGGGGAUUGGAGAUACCUGCAAGAAAACCAGAAAUCCCAUUUACUUAAGAUUUUUACAAUCCUGAUCUAAUACAACCCUGAUUCAAUUUCCAGCCAUCACCUUUUUACUUUACGUUUGUGAUGAUUUGUAUCUGAGAAUGAAAGGUGAUAUGAUUGUAUUCUGGGUUAAGUGUUGCCUGAAAUUAAGUGUGCUGGGAACAGUUUCCCUUAAUUCAUUAUGUAUUUACCCGUGGGGAUUUUAAGCAAUGAGAACUGGGCUAGCAUGCCUUGCACUGGAGAGAGUCGGAGCGCAGUGAAUGAGGUUUUCUCUCUUUUCUCUCCACACAGACAUUUGUGAAUGAUGUCCGAAUCCAAGAGCAGAUGUAUAUCACUUUGAAGAUUGAUGACAAAUUAAGGUUUGGAUAUGAUAUCCUUUCAAUCAUUCCGUCGUUACAACCUUAGUGACACAACAGUACUGCAAUCCAAAAAAACAUGAAGCAUCUGUUCAUUUAAUUGCUCUCGUCCCACUGAUCAUUUGUCAAGCUCUAUAGUUUUUAAGUGUCAAGCUGUCAUUCACUCAAUUGUGGUUUCGGCCUUGAAUGACUGUUGUGUGUGUAUAAUGAAGUGGCUGUGAGGAUAGAUGCAAACAGUGUGAAAGUGUCUUUCCUUAACCUGUCUCACAUACCAACCUGUUCACGGUGGUGCGAGGGGAGAUGACUGUCCCAGACGAGGCUCUGCAGGUAAGACACUUCCCGCGUCGCUGAACUCCAGACACAACACACAAUACACAAUACACAAUACACAAUACACAACACACAACACACAACCCUUCACAUGUUAAAAUAACAUCAAAUUGAUCAGAAAUACAGUGUAGACAUUGUUGUAAAUGGCUAUUGAGCUGGAAACGGCUGAUUUUUAAUGGAAUAUCUACAUAGGCGUACAGAGGCCCAUUAUCAGCAACCAUCAGUCCUGUGUUCCAAUGGCACGUUGUGUUUGCUAAUCCAAGUUUAUAAUUUAAAAAGGCUAAUUCAUUAAAUAGUAUCCGCAAAACACCAGUCUCAAUGUCAACAGUGAAGAGGCGACUCCGUGAUGCUGACCUAGGCAGAGUUGCAAAGAAAUAGUCCAGUGUUCUUUUGCCCAUCUUUUCUUUUUAUUGGCCAGUCUGAGAUAUGGCUUUUUCUUUGCAACUCUGCCUAGAUGGUCAGCAUCCCGGAGUCGCCUCUUCACUGUUGACGUUGAGACCGGUGUUUUGCAGGUACUAUUUAAUGUAGCUGCCAGUUGAGGACCUGUGAGGCGUCUGUUUCUCAAACUAGACACUCUAAUGUAUUUGUCCUCUUGCUCAGUUGUGCACCGGGGCCUCCCACGCCUCUUUCUAUUCUGGUUAGAGCCAGUUUGCGCUGUUCUGUGAAGGGAGUAGUACACAGCGUUGUACGAGAUCUUCAAUUUCUUGGCAAUUUCUCGCAUGGAAUAGCCUUCAUUUCACAGAACAAGAAUAGACUGACGAGUUUCAGAAGAAAGUUCUUUGUUUCUGGCCAUUUUGAUCCUGUAAUCGAACCCACAAUUGCUGAUACUCCAGAUACUCAACUAGUCUCAAGAAGGCCAGUUUUUUUUAUCAGCGCAACAGUUUUCAGCUGUGUUAACAUAAUUGCAAAAGGGUUUUCUAAUGAUCAAUUAGCCUUUUAAAAUGAUAAACUUGGAUUAGCAAACACAACAUGCCAUUGGAACACAGGACUGAUGGCUGCUGAUAAUGGGCCUCUGUAGGCCUAUGUAGAUAUUCCAUUAAAAAUCAGCCGUUUCCAGCUACAAUAGCCAUUUACAACAUUAACAAUGUCUACACUGUAUUUCUGAUUAAUUUAAUGCUAUUUUAAGGGACAAAAUAAUUGCUUUUCUUUCGAAAAGAAGGACAUUUCUAAGUGACCCCAAACUUUUGAACGGUAGUGUACAUGUACAGUGCCUUCAGAAAGUAUUCACACCCCUUGACUUCUUCCACAUUUUGUUGUGUUACAGCCUCAAUUUAAAAUUGAUUAAAUUGAGAUUUUUUUUGUCACUGGCAUACACACAAUACCACAUAAUGUCAAAGUGGAAUUAUGUUUUUCAAUUUUUUAAAACUAAUUAAUAAAAAAUGUCAAGCUGAAAAGUCUUGAGUCAAUAAGUAUUCAACCCCUUUGUUAUGGCGAGACUAAACAAGUUCAGGAGUAAAGAUUAGCUUAACAAGUCACAAUAUAAGUUGCAUGGACUCACUCUGUGUGCAUUAAUAGUGUUUAACAUGAUUUUUGAAUGACUACCUCAUCUCUGUACCCCACACAUAGAAUUAUCUGUAAGGUCCCUCAGUCGAGCAGUGAAUUUCAAACACAGAUUCAACCACAAAGACCAGGGACGUUUUCCACUGCCUCGCAAAGAAUGAUACCUAUUGGUAGAUGGGUAAAAAUAAAAAAAAGCAGACAUUGAAUAUCCCUUUGAGUAUGGUGAAGUUAUUAAUUACACUUUGGAUGGUGUAUCAAUACACCCAGUCACUACAAAGAUACAGGCGUCCUUCCUAACUCAGUUGUCAGAGAGGAAGGAAACCGCUCAGGGAUUUCAUGAUAAGGCCAAUGGUGACUUUAAAACAGUUACAGAGUUUAAUGGCUAUGAUAGGAGAAAACUGAGGAUGGAUCAACAACAUUGUACAGUGGGGAAAAAAAGUAUUUAGUCAGCCACCAAUUGUGCAAGUUCUCCCACUUAAAAAGAUGAGAGAGGCCUGCAAUUUUCAUCAUAGGUACACGUCAACUAUGACAGACAUAUUGAGAUUUUUCUUCUCCAGAAAAUCACAUUGUAGGAUUUUUUAUGAAUUUAUUAGCAAAUUAUGGUGGAAAAUAAAUAUUUGGUCACCUACAAACAAGCAAGAUUUCUGGCUCUCACAGACCUGUAACUUCUUCUUUAAGAGCCUCCUCUGUCCUCCACUCGUUACCUGUAUUAAUGGCACCUGUUUGAACUUGUUAUCAGUAUAAAAGACACCUGUCCACAACCUCAAACAGUCACACUCCAAACUCCACUAUGGCCAAGACCAAAGAGCUGUCAAAGGACACCAGAAACAAAAUUGUAGACCUGCACCAGGCUGGGAAGACUGAAUCUGCAAUAGGUAAGCAGCUUGGUUUGAAGAAAUCAACUGUGAGAGCAAUUAUUAAGAAAUGGAAGACAUACAAGACCACUGAUAAUCUCCCUCAAUCUGGGGCUCCACGCAAGAUCUCACCCUGUGGGGUCAAAAUGAUCACAAGAACGGUGAGCAAAAAUCCCAGAACCACACGGGGGGACCUAGUGAAUGACCUGCAGAGAGCUGGGACCAAAGUAACAAAGCCUACCAUCAGUAACACACUACGCCGCCAGGGACUCAAAUCCUGCAGUGCCAGACAUGUCCCCCUGCUUAAGCCAGUACAUGUCCAGGCCCGUCUGAAGUUUGCUAGAGUGCAUUUGGAUGAUCCAGAAGAGGAUUGGGAGAAUGUCAUAUGGUCAGAUGAAACCAAAAUAUAACUUUUUGGUAAAAACUCAACUCGUCGUGUUUGGAGGACAAAGAAUGCUGAGUUGCAUCCAAAGAACACCAUACCUACUGUGAAGCAUGGGGGUGGAAACAUCAUGCUUUGGGGCUGUUUUUCUGCAAAGGGACCAGGACGACUGAUCCGUGUAAAGGAAAGAAUGAAUGGGGCCAUGUAUCGUGAGAUUUUGAGUGAAAACCUCCUUCCAUCAGCAAGGGCAUUGAAGAUGAAACGUGGCUGGGUCUUUCAGCAUGACAAUGAUCCCAAACACACCGCCCGGGCAACGAAGGAGUGGCUUCGUAAGAAGCAUUUCAAGGUCCUGGAGUGGCCUAGCCAGUCUCCAGAUCUCAACCCCAUAGAAAAUCUUUGGAGGGAGUUGAAAGUCUGUGUUGCCCAGCGACAGCCCCAAAACAUCACUGCUCUAGAGGAGAUCUGCAUGGAGGAAUGGGCCAAAAUAGGAGGAAUGGGCCAAAAUACCAGCAACAGUGUGUGAAAACCUUGUGAAGACUUACAGAAAACGUUUGACCUGUGUCAUUGCCAACAAAGGGUAUAUAACAAAGUAUUGAGAAACUUUUGUUAUUGACCAAAUACUUAUUUUCCACCAUAAUUUGCAAAUAAAUUCAUUAAAAAUCCUACAAUGUGAUUUUCUGGAUUUUUUUUUCUCAUUUUGUCUGUCAUAGUUGACGUGUACCUAUGAUGAAAAUUACAGGCCUCUCUCAUCUUUUUAAGUGGGAGAACUUGCACAAUUGGUGGCCGACUAAAUACUUUUUUUCCCCACUGUAGUUACUCCACAAUACUAAUCUAAAUGACAGAGUGAAAAGAAGAAAGACUGUACACAAUAAAAAUAUUCCAAAACAUGCAUCCUGUUUGCAACAAGGCACUAAAGUAAUACUGCAAAACAUGUGGCAAAGCAAUUAACUUCUUAUCCUAAAUACAAAGUGUUCUUUUUUGGGCAAAUCCAAUACAACACAUUACUGAGUACCACUCUCCAUAUUUUCAAGCAUAGUGGUGGCUACAUCAUGUUAUGGGUAUGCUUGUAAUCGUUAAGGACUGGGGAGUUUUUCAGGAUAAAAAAGAAACAGAAUGGAGCUAAGCAUAGGCAAAAUCUUAGAGGAAAACCUGGUUCAGUCUGCUUUCCACUAGACACUGGAAGAUUAAUUCACCUUUCAGCAGGACAAUAACCUAAAACACAAGGCCAAAUCUACACUGGAGGUGUUUACCAAGAAGAUAGUGAAUGUUCUUAAGUCUCAUAGUUAUUACAGUUUUGACUUAAAUCUGCUUGAAAAUAUAUGGCAAGACCUGAAAAUUGUUGUCUAGCAAUGAUCAACAACCAAGAGCUUGAAGAAUUCUGAAAAGAAUAAUGGGCUAAUAUUGUACAAUCCAGGUGUGCAAAGCUCUUACAGACUUACCCAUAAAGACUCACAGCUGUAAUCGCUGCCAAAGGUGAUUCUAACAUGUAUUGACUCAGGGGGUUAAAUACUUAUCUAAUCAAGAUAUAUUACAGUUUUUUUUUUCAUGUUUUAAUUUUUAAUUUUUACAAAUGUUAGACUUUUUCUUCCACUUUGACAUUACAGAGUAAUUUGUCUAGAUCGUUGACAACAAAAUGACAAUUAAAUACAUUUUACUCCCUGUGAUGAGUGUGAUAGAAGGAGUCAGGCGCAGGAGGGUAUAUCACCGAAUACAGAGUUUAUUCCGUUGGACACAAUUGCGCUGGAUAGCGACAACAGAAAACAGGCACAGGGGAAACCAUCUACCCUGGCAAUACAAGGUACAGGUAGCUCCAGCAAUAUACAGGCACAGGGGAAUAAUCUACCCCGGCAAUACAAGGUACGAGUAGCUCCACCGAGCUACACUACUCUCACAAUAAACAAUCACCUACAAGGACAAGGGAGGCAGAGGGAACACUUAUACACAGACUAAUGAGGGGAUAUGAACCAGGUGUGUGUAAUUGACAAGACAAGACAAAUGGAAUGAUGAGAUAUGGAGCGGCAGUGGCUAGUAAGCCGGUGAUGAUGAACGCCGAAGCCUGCCAAGGAGGGGAGGCAGCCUCGGCGGACGUCGUGACACUCCCACUUUGUAACACAACAACAUGUGGAAAAGGUCAAGGGGUGUGAAUACUUUCUGAAGGCACUGUGCAUAACUAUUUUGUACUCAAUAUUGUGCUAAAUAUCUAUACCCAGGAAUGUCAGGGGUGCUAAUUUCUGCUAAAUAUAAAAAUAGCGCCGGUUAUAUCAUAGUAUAAAAAAGUGUCUGUAUGUAGACUCAUGAGCUCAUAGCUUGCCCCAUGCAAGUAUAACUUUGAGCUGUGUGUGUGUGUAUGUGUGCGUGUCAGCAUUAGAUUAAAGAUGAUAUUUUUGGCCAUGACGGUGUCCUCCGCCUUCCCCUGCUGUGUCUCUUCCGCUCUCUCUCUCCCUUGCCCCCUCGCCCCCUCACUGUCUCCCUCCCUCCCUCUCUUUCCCUCCAUCAGCAUGAGAAGUUCACCAGCCAGCUCCAGCUGAGUAAGAAGCCCUCCAGUGGUGAGCCCACCAAGUCACCUGCCAAAUCUCCUACCAAGUCCCCUGCUAAGACCCCCAAGUCCCCCAGCUCCAGACCAGCCGAGAGCAAGGCAGCCGAGGGGACCAUGGAGCCAUCGGCCAAACCUGCCGAGUCACACAAGGGAGAUGACAAGAUGGCAGGUGAGAGCAGGAGCACAUAUAAGAGAUGACAUGUAUGUUGUACAUUACAGUAUAAUCCAGUCAUUUCAGGGAAAAACUGAAUGGGAUACUUCAGUGUUGAUCUUCAAGUGAUUCAAUCAUGACAGUAUUUGGAGAUUCUGGCCAUUUCUGCAUCCAAGUUGUGACUGGAUUCAUAAUUCAAUUUUAUACCGAUAGCAUUUUAGAAUCAGUAUUCUGAAUGAGUAAGCAACGAAUGUCUUGAUCCUACCAUAGAUUAUACAGUAUAGAUACACAUGUCAUCUGAAAAGACUAAUAAACCUCCAUCUUUCACUGCCUGUCCCUUCUGCAGCUUUUUAUUUUCAUCUAUUGCCUGUAAUAAAAGAGUGAGGGCUUAGGGCGGAUGUUUAAAUUACACAUUGUAAAUCCAGCUGAAUCUCAUUAAAGCAACUUUAAAAACAACACAAUAAUCUGAGCAACUGUCCCUGUACCACUGGAGUGUCUUAUUUGAUUGGCCAGCCCAGCAUGCUCCUGUGCCCACUCUCAGUAGCAUAGCUAUAAUUAUCUACAGGAGGUGGUAGAGUGGCUGCAGCUGCUCCCGCUCUCCUCUCUCUCUGUUUCUGUUUCUGUCUUCUCUCCCCUGUGCUUUUGGUAGGAAGAAUGUCCGCUACACUUGCAUCGUUUACACACUCAAUAGUCAAGUCACUCAACUGGAGGGGGAGCUUAUGCUGGUGUUGGUGUAGGUAACGGUGGAUAUUUGACUGAUGUUAGUGUCUCUUACAGUAGGUGGUGCAGAUACUGUAUACUCUGUGGGAGGCUGAGGGAAUGUAUUGAGUUGAAUAGCUACUGUAUUACAGAUGGCACUGUAUAUUUGUCUAGCUUUUAACAGGGGAACCAUGGCUUUUGCAUUGUGACACAGUACAUGGUUCAUUGUCAUUACAUUAGGAAUCUCAGAGGGAUUUUUUCUACCCACUGGCCUUUUACAGUAGGUUACCUGGGGCGGCAGGUAGCCUAGCGGUUAUGAGCGCUAGGCUACAGAAAGGUUGCUGGUUUGAAUCCCCAAGCCGACUAGGUUAAUGGUCUGUCGACAUAACAUUGAGCAAGGCACUUAACCCUAAUUGCUACUGUAAAAGUGUCUGCUAAAUUACUUAAAUGUUAAGCUGUUUGGUCCCUUUGGAUUGAGUAGUUUGUUCUGAAAUAUGAGAAGAUGUCCUUAAUGAAUUACUUUAGCCAUGGUAUAUAGUCUCAGGAUCAAAACAACAUAUGUUCUAACACUGUCAUAUGGGGCAUCAGACUUAACCCAUGAGUCCAGUGUACCAACAUUACAUGUAACCCUGCUUGCCACCCACUAUGUGUUUAAUUACAACCUCUGCAGUGGGGGGCCUUCAGCAGAGGGCCUAUAAUGAUAGGCAGAGCCACAUCCACAUACGUCUCCUCCAUUACCCGAUGGCCAUUAAAAAAAAUAGGAGGUGGGAAGCGUUUACAUGUGUUUCUCCUUCUCUGCCACCUGGAUAUUUUAGCCUGGUAAUUGUCAGUUUGAUGCUAAUGUGUUAUUCCCCCUUGCCGACUCAGACUCAGCCAAUGAACGUAUGUUCCCUUUCCUCUCUGCAGCACACCACCAUAGGUUCACUGGAGAUAUUAUGCAAGCAGGCAUAGCUCCUCACCAAGCUUGCAGCAUUUAUAGGCAUUUAUAGGCAUUUUGAACACAAUCCUCUGUGACUAUGCACAGUAAUUAAUGGUUUCUUUGGGUUUUGUUCAACAGAUGUAGGAUCUUCAUUUGAGCUAGUUUGCUACAGCAGAAACGCUUUCCAGCCAGUCUGUUUGAAGUCAGAUCUGCCAUAUGUGUUGGUUGUGUGUUGAGUUAAGCUCAUUGGUGAUAAGCGAGCAGAGCCUGGUGUUGAAGGGUUUGUCCCUCUGUGUCCUGCUGACUGGGUUAUGUAGGUCAGUGGAAUGGCUAAAGCCAAACCAGUGCUCCAUGACCCAUCAUCCAGCUUUAAGACAGAGGAAUUAAAAGACAAAAGUGCAGCUGUGCUCAGGAAGUAUUGCAUGACCAUCACAGUAACUGGCCUGUUACUGUGUCGAUUGACUUCAUUCAUGUAUAUGUAUAUUGUGCUUGUGAAAAAUGUAUGUUUCACAAGCACAAUAAGUAGAUUAUUCAAUCUAAAUCUAGUGAAACUUCUUGUGUUUGUGUUAUAGGGGACAUAGCAUCAUUGCACCGGGGAACCCCUCUGUAUGGACAGCCAUCUUGGUGGGGGGAUGGGGACGCAGACGACGAGAACUCCUUCAAGCAGGAGACCAAGACGUGUGGGAAGAAGCAUGACAGCUCUGCAGCAGGUAAGAACAAAAAAGGACCUCAUCAUAUCUAAAAAAGAAAAAGAAAUGUCCAUGACAUGCAUACUGUACAAUACACUCUAGGGCCUAAAGAACAUGAUCGAAUUACAUUCCUGAUGGCAUGAGGUCAAAUCAAGAUAAACUGAUCUGCUAUCUUUUUACCCGUGUUUUUAUGAAAUAGCAGGGAAUUUGAACUGGCAAUUUGUUUGUAGACGUUCCUGGUUGAUCAUUGUACCCUAUGCAAUGUUUGUUCUGAAAUAAUCCCGUUGUUAUAACAGAACUAUACCAUCCCAACGUUGGAAGAUAAAGCACAGAAUACUUUCUAUAAGUAGUGAAAUGGUGGCUUUAUGUUAAUUUCCAGGCUUAUCCUGUCUCUGUGUAUUGAGGAUAAUGGCGAUCCGGACUCACAGUACACAGUGUGUAUAUGCACUGUGUGUGUGUCUGUGUUGGUUCGGAGGACUGGGAUCACAUUAACUUGUGCUGGGCAGGAGUAACAGGAUUAGAGAUUAGGCCAGGCUUGGACGCAGCAGGACACCCAAUGGGUGCUGGGGUGGAGUGGGGGAAGGCCGUCCAGACCUCUCAGACUACUAGAUCAUUGAGCUGUCCUUACACUAUCAACAGUCAGAGCUGGACAAUAGCAACAGUGCAGUGCACAUCCUCGGCAGCCCUUAGGAAAGACAACAUUUUUGAAUAAAUUGAGGCUUGUGAUUGGAAAGCCUGGAGGACUUUUAUUUUAAUUCAAGUAUGGGAGAGGUUGCAUCUACCAUGGAACUCAGUAAGUUGAAGCAAUUUAACAGUUUAUUUGUGUGACCAUUGACAUGCGUAGACAGUAUAGUGUAGGCUACCUUUGAAUUACAAUUCUAUUAAAUAACAGUCAAUUAAUGAAUGGAUAUUUGUAUUACGACCAUGUUAAUUUUGGGGGCGAAAUUGAAAAUUGCAAUAUUAUUGUGAAAGCAGUGCUCUUAUGUACAGUAGAUAGUAUGUAGUGACCACUGACCUGUCCUUAUCUCUGUUAUUGAGAGGCCCACAGUAGAGGGAAGUUGACUGGUCUGUCAGCCGUUGUUAAUACGGACAGCGUCGCCAAGGAAAGUGUCACACACAGUGGGCCUUCCUGACCAUUCUUUACUGGUCAUGUAUUUUCACAGCGACAUCCCCUAUAUGUCCCCAGUGUCAACAGAGUGCACUGGCAUGUUAUGUAUGUAAUUGUAAGCCAUGUCUCCACGGUGGCAUAAAAACAGAUCCGGGAUUAUAAUCAUGGUCAUUCAAUGUAAAUGAUACGUGUGCAGUGUAGACAGCUUGCAGUGAGCGUGGGUGGUAGGCUAGUAGUGGGUGCUGAAGUCUAUAGGAUACCACUAUAAUGUUAGGGAGUUCUAUGUGAUUGUAUAGAAACUGCUCCGUCUUCUCAUUCAAACUGCACUGAAUCUGAAAGCACUCACACCCUCCGCCUUGAAUGCCACUUAAGGGAAGUCACUGAGGACAACACUCUCUCUGUUCAAAACAAGACACCAUAUCCACCCUCCUCUCCUCACCGUCCAGCUUCUCUCUCUCUCUCUCUCUCUCUCUCUCUCUCUCUCUCUCUCUCUCUCUCUCUCUCUCUCUCUCUCUCUCUCUCUCUCUCUCUCUCUCUCUCUCUCUCUCUCUCUCUCUCCCUCUCGCUCGCUCGCUCUCUCUCUUGCUCUCUCUCUUUUUCUCUUUCUCUCGCUCUCGCUGGGGGCAUACAUUGUGAGUUUAUCAAGCCGGGGAACCUUCAGCUUUGAAUAGCAUUGUCUGCAGGCUCUGGCAUUCUUUAGUCAACAAAGGGAACUUCGACUGGUGUGGAGGAGAGAUAGAAAACCAUUUUAAUGAAUCAGCAUUAUUUUCCUGAAAGCCUAGAGUCUCUUGGGAGCCCAAAGAAGGCACAUAAUAAGGGUAUGUCAAUAAGGUGUACACACAAUACAGUUCCCCACAUCAAAGAGCCAGUUUAUAAUAUAAUCUCCUCCCAUAGCUAUUUUUAUUAUUUAGGAGAGGGCAUACUACCCCCACUUGCCCUAGUACAGAGAGGCUAACUAACAGCAGAAGGUAGCAGUGGUGGGGAAGUGAGAGUGUAGAGGAACGGUCUCAUGUACUGUUGAAUAGAUUCUGUUGUAGCCGCCCCCAGCCAUCCCCUUACGUAUUGUCACUCAGGGCUAUUGGGUUACGCCAUUGCACCAGCUCUCACAGAGCGCUGAAACAAACCGCUUUCUCCAACACUGAAACUCUCAUUAGCUAUCUUGUCUGUAGUAAGUAUCUUGCUGAAGUCCUUAUAUAUAUAUUUUCUGUGCUAAUUACUCAAUUUAAGGGCAUAGUUUACUGGGAAUCCAAACGGAGGCUUUCAUUCUGAAGAGGGAACCACCUCUGCCUGAACUUGCACUUUCUUUGGUCACCUGUAGCUUUUCAGGAGGAUAUUCAGUCAGGCAGGCUGUUUCAGCUUUGAGGUAUGUGUUCUCACUUUUAAAGGCACUAUGGUCAAUUCAGGGCGGUGGAUUAAUGAGGGUAAAACACCAAAAGUCCUACCAGACUACUUAGGUUUAUUCUGUUGUUAAGUAUACAUUUGGUUACUGUCAUUAAUAUGUAAUGACAUGGGUGUUGUUAGUAAUGCCUUGUAUGUCUCAUGGACUCUAAUGUACAGUACAUUGAGUGUCCAUGUUAAAUGAAUGGCCACCAUGACCCUCAGUGCUUUUGAGUUGAGUUUUCACAUCAGUCACAUGAGUCCUAAUGAGAUCACUAGAGGAAGGGUGGUAGUAUUUAUAAAAAAGGGAAGUUCUAGGCUUAAGUUCUGAUUGUCUUAUUCGAGGAAGCUGUGGGAGUUAUUGAUGCUUGGAUAGGAUGAAACCUGAAAGCACAGCCUUAUUUACUGCCAGACCUGUUGGUUACUAUAAUCUAGGACCUGAUGCAAGUGGUACCAGUUUGAAUAUAGUUCUCUAAAUGGACAACUUUAUGUCUCAUUUCACUCAAUGUUUUACUUUGUUGAAACCCCCAGUUCGUUGCAGACAUGGGGAGCUUAUCUGUUUUCAAAUAGAGACAAAAAGUACUUUCAAAGAUGUGGCUUUAUAGUGGGUGGUAAAUCCCUGUAGGUAUUAUAUCUUCAAUAUUUUAAUUUGAUAUAGGUAUCUUACUCCGUUAGGGAGGAAAUGUACAAAGUGAACUUUUUUGUAUAUUACAUGAACAACUCACCUGCUCACUUUGUCAAAUGUAUAAACCAGAUGGUCUCGCCACUGUCCAAUCAGAUCAUCCAUCAUCUCCACAUCCCAUAAUGCCUUUCCACUUAAUAUAAUCAAAUGAAGUUACACAAUCAUUAUUAAGUAAGUAGCCUAAAGGGGUUUUGAUUGGCUUCCUCAUCAGUUAUUGUCAAAAUGGACACUACAUAGCUUUGUUCCUGUCUGCCUGGGCCCCAGCUCAGCCUGACCUGUUUUGUUUAGAGGGCUGUGUUCUGCCAGGGCCUCAGACACUGAUUCAGACUAAUGGUGAGACUCAGAACAGACACAGCUGAAUGGUCCAUGUUGGGCCCAUGACCUCUGACCUCUAGAUACUGAUCCACAGUGUUCUCCUCUCUGUGAACCUACAGACGGCAGAGAGCCUAAGAGGAGUGAGAGGCCUAGGGAGGACGGCCUGGGCCCCGAGCCCAGCUACUUUGAGAUCCCCACCAAGGAGCCUCAGAUGGACAGCAUUCAUGAGAUCCCCACCAAAGACACUGAGGGGGCUGUUGCUGCCGCUACCACCUCCGCCAGCGCCAGCGCUCAGGGCCAUGCCUCACCUCACGCCUUCACAAUCGAGUUUGACGACACCUCCCCUGGCAAGGUCACGAUCAAGGACCAUGUGUCCAAGCUGACUCCGGACCACCGGCCCCGGCCUAAGAAGGCCCCCCAGUCGGGCAGCAAGGACCUCAGCACCCUGCAGGCCGCCAUGAUGGUCUCUGAGAGCAAGGUGGCUGAUUGGCUGGCCCAGAAUGACCCCCCCACGGUGCGCAGUGAGUCCACGGAGGAGGACAGCAAGAGCAUCAAGAGUGAUGUCCCCGUCCACUUCAAGAGGCUCAAAGGUGAGGGCCAUAGCCUGCCUGCUCUCCUCCCUAUAUCCCUGCCUGUCUUUCUCUCUGUCUCUCAGUUUCUGUUGUCAGAUCAGCAAAUGCACUUAUUCCUCCUCAUAGCCACACUACAGUAUCCUCUACUAACUGUUCUACAGCUGGCCUUGCUAACCUCACAAUUAAGCUGAUCAACGUGUUUUACUGCUAAAAACCAUGAGUGUUUUAGUUAUUUUGGGGAGAUCCUGUGAAAUGCAUCCUCUUAACAAAGCUUAUCCCUUACUCGCUACAAACAGAGCCUCAAAUGUUGGUCAAUCUGAUCCUCUAAAAUAAGACUUGUGUUUGACCCAGAAACUCAUAGGGCGCUAUUCAAUCUGUAUCGCUGAAGCGUUAGAGAUUGCCCGCUAGAAAUGUAAAGGUAAUUUCCGUUUGAGCCGACAUAUGCAGUGUUUACCGUGAAUGCAGUCUCCGCUAAUGCGGGAACAUUGCCUUUAAAUUUCAAACACGCUGUAACGCAGAAUGUCCGCGAUACGGAUGAACAGCAACCUCCCCCUUGGGAGAGGGGUAGAAUGUCCCAGAGGGAAUGUCAAUAAGGGGAGCGGCAGGGAUGUGAAUGAAACAAUAAUAAAAUAAUAAUAUAUACAUAUUUACAACUGUAACAAUGAUACAUCAGGGGGAGCAGAUAGCUGCCUAGUGGUGGCUAGUAGUUCUGUAAUUCCAUGGUGCCCUAGUAGCAGCCUAAGCAGAGAGCUCCUGUAAAUAUGUGCAUAUUUACACAGUGAGGGAAAAAAGUAUUUGAUCCCUUGCUGAUUUUGUACGUUUGCCCACUGACAAAGACAUGAUCAGUCUAUAAUUUGAAUGGUAGGUUUAUUUGAACUGUGAGAGACAGAAUAACAACAAAAAAAUACAAAAAACGCAUGUCAAAAAUGUUAUAAAUUGAUUUGAAUUUUAAUGAGGGAAAUAAGUAUUUGACCCCUGUGCAAAACAUGACUUAGUACUUGGUGGAAAAACCCUUGUUGGCAAUCACAGAGGUCAGACGUUUCUUGUAGUUGGCCACCAGGUUUGCACACAUCUCAGGAGGGAUUUUGUCCCACUCCUCUUUGCAGAUCUUCUCCAAGUCAUUAAGGUUUUGAGGCUGACAUUUGGCAACUCAAACCUUCAGCUCCCUCCACAGAUUUUCUAUGGGAUUAAGGUCUGGAGACUGGCUAGGCCACUCCAGGACCUUAAUGUGCUUUUUCAUGAGCCACUCCUUUGUUACCUUGGCCGUGUGUUUUGGGUCAUUGUCAUGCUGGAAUACCCAUCCACGACCCAUUUUCAAUGCCCUGGCUGAGGGAAGGAGGUUCUCACCCAAGAUUUGACGGUACAUGGCCCAGUCCAUCGUCCCUUUGAUGCGGUGAAGUUGUCUUGUCCCCUUAGCAGAAAAACACCCCCAAAGCAUAAUGUUUCCACCUCCAUGUUUGACAGUGGGGAUGGUGUUCUUGGGGUCAUAGGCAGCAUUCCUCCUCCUCCAAACACGGCGAGUUGAGUUGAUGCCAAAGAGCUCGAUUUUGGUCUCAUCUGACCACAACACUUUCACCCAGUUCUCCUCUGAAUCAUUCAAAUGUUCAUUGGAAAACUUCAGACGGGCCUGUAUAUGUGCUUUCUUGAGCAGGGGGACCUUGCGGGCACUGCAGGAUUUCAGUCCUUCACGGCGUAGUGUGUUACCAAUUGUUUUCUUGGUGACUAUAGUCCCAGCUGCCUUGAGAUCAUUGACAAGAUCCUCCCGUGUAGUUCUGGGCUGAUUCCUCACCGUUCUCAUGAUCAUUGCAACUCCACGAGGUGAGAUCUUGCAUGGAGCCCCAGGCCGAGGGAGAUUGACAGAUCUUUUGUGUUUCUUCCAUUUGCGAUUAAUCGCACCAACUGUUGUCACCUUCUCACCAAGCUGCUUGGCGAUGGUCUUGUAGCCCAUUCCAGCCUUGUGUAGGUCUACAAUCUUGUCCCUGACAUCCUUGGAGAGCUCUUUGGUCUUGGCCAUGGUGGAGAGUUUGGAAUCUGAUUGAUUGAUUGCUUCUGUGGACAGGUGUCUUAUAUACAGGUAACAAGGUGAGAUUAGGAGCACUCCCUUUAAGAGUGUGCUCCUAAUCUCAGCUCGUUACCUGUAUAAAAGACACGUGGGAGCCAGAAAUCUUUCUGAUUGAGAGGGGGUCAAAUACUUAUUUCCCUCAUUAAAAUGCAAAUCAAUUUAUAAAAUUUUUGACAUGCGUUUUUUUCUGGAUUUUUUUGUUGUUAUUCUGUCUCUCACUGUUCAAAUAAACCUACCAUUAAAAUUAUAGACUGAUCAUUUCUUUGUCAGUGGGCAAACGUACAAAAUCAGCAGGGAUCAAAUACUUUUUUCCCUCACUGUACAUUUUUAAGGGUUUUUAAUUGUUUUUUUAUCAGCUGUUUUGUUUUUGAUAACAUUUAUUGCAUAUUUCUGGUGGUUUUGACCCACAGAUUUGCAGAUGGACUGGCAGGUCAACUCUUUUUUGGCUUGGCUAGCUAGCUGGCUAAUUGUUUUUGUUCGAAUGAUGCAUCCAGCUUUUGUGUUUCACCUGGCUGCUGGUCCCUGAUGUUUUGAAAACAUCAAUUGAAAAGUCACCUGAAGCUUGAGAGGGAUGGGAGAUGCAGUAAAGGGAUCCAGUGCUGAGGCAGAGGGCUCAUAGUGAGGAUGACUGGCUAGUACUCUGAACUGUGUGUGGUGAGUUUUCUGGCGCUCAGAGCUGCUGAGGUAUCACUCAAGUGGGUGCCAUACAUUGUGAAGGAGGAGAAGUCCAGUAGCUACACGACUCAGGCUGGUUUCCAGAGUAACCCUCUACAUGAUCGUCACUAGACUCUUCAUCAACCAUCUCCCUGACCAACCAUACUCUGAUCAAGCCAUGAACUGUCCCUCUCCAUCUUUGGAGGAUGCAUGCACUCAAAGACCUGGCCUCUAUUGGUUGACCUAACUAUAGCUAGGCUACUCAUGGUGAUGCAUUGCUUGUUUGUUUUUUGCUUUUGAUGCGCUUUGGGAUUGUUAUGAAAAGCACUAUAGACAUUUUAUAAAUUAUGAUUAUUAUUAAAUUCCCAAUCUCUCCCUCAAACCAUCAUGGCCACCUAAUCAUCCCCAGCUUCCAAUUGGCUCCUUUCCCCUCUAACUAUUCCCUAGGUUGUUGCUGUAAAUGAGAAUCUGUUCUCAGUCAACUUACCUGGUAAAAUAAAGGUUAAAAAAAAGAGUAAUAUAUACACUACAUUUAUCACAAAGUUUGCUCCUUCAGUGUUUUUAGAUAUUUUUGUCAGAUGUUACUAUGGUAUACUGAAGAAUAAUUACAAGCAUUCCAUACGUGUCAAAGGCUUUUAUUGACAAUUACAUGAAGUUUAUGCAAAGAGUCAAUAUUUGCAGUGUUGACCCUUCUUUUUCAAGACCUCUGCAAUCCGCCCUGGCAUGCUGUCAAUUAACUUCUGGGCCACAUCCUGACUGAUGGCAGCCCAUUCUUGCAUAAUCAAUGCUUGGAGUUUGUCAGAAUCUGUGGGUUUUUGUUUGUCCACCCGCCUCUUGAGGAUCGACCACAAGUUCUCAAUGGGAUUAAGGUCUGGGGAGUUUCCUGGCCAUGGGCCCAAAAUGUCGAUGUUUUGUUCCCAGAGCCACUUAGUUAUCACUUUUGCCUUAUGGCAAGGUGCUCCAUCAUGCUGGAAAAGGCAUUGGUCGUCACCAAACUGUUCUUGGAUGGUUGGGAGAGGUUGUUCUCGGAGGACGUGUUGGUACCAUUCUUUAUUCAUGGCUGUGUUCUUAGGCAAAAUUGUGAGUGAGCCCACUCCCUUGGCUGAGAAGCAACCCCACACAUGAAUGGUCUCAGGAUGCUUUACUGUUGGCAUGACACAGGACUGAUGGUAGCGCUCACCAUGUUUUCUCCAGACAAGCUUUUUUCCGGAUGCCCCAAACAAUCGGAAAGGUGAUUCAUCAGAGAAAAUGACUUUACCCCAGUCCUCAGCAGUCCAAUCCCUGUACCUUUUGCAGAAUAUCAGUCUGUCCCUGAUGUUUUUCCUGGAGAGAAGUGGCUUCCUCGCUGCCCUUCUUGACACCAGGCCAUCCUCCAAAAGUAUUCGCCUCACUGUGCGUGUAGAUGCACUCACACCUGCCUGCUGCCCUGCAAGCUCUGCACUGGUGGUGCCCCGAUCCUACAGCUGAAUCAACUUUAGGAGAUGGUCCUGGCGCUUGCUGGACUUUCUUGGGCGCCCUGAAGCCUUCUUCACAACAAUUGAACCUCUCUCCUUGAAGUUCUUGAUGAUCCAAUAAAUGGUUCAUUGAGGUGCAAUUUUACUAGCAGCAAUAUCCUUGCCUGUGAAUUUCAAGCACCACCCUCCUUUUAAAGCUUCCAGUCUGUUAUUCUAACUCAAUCAGCAUGACAGAGUGAUCUCCAGCCUUGUCCUCGUCAACACUCUCACCUAUGUUAACGAGAGAAUCACUGACAUGAUGUCAGCUGGUCCUAUUGUGGCAGGGCUGAAAUGCAGUGGUAAUGUUUUUUGGGGAUUAAGUUCAUUUUCAUGGCAAAGAGGGACUUUGCAAUUAAUUGCAAUUCAUCUGAUCACUCUUCAUAACAUUCUGGAGUAUAUGCAAAUUGCCAUCAUAAAAACUGAGGCAGCAGACUUUGUGAAAAUUAAUAUUUGUGUCAUUCUCAAAACAUUUGACCACGACUGUACAUGAAAUGAGUUUGAAUAGGAAAUAUAGCAAAAUGCAUAGGAAAUGUAGUCAUUGUCAAGGUUAGAAAUAAUGAUUUCUAAUAGAAAUAAUAAUUGUGUCUUUCAAACUUUGCUUUUGUCAAAAAAUCCUCCAUUUGCAGCUAUUACAGCCUUGCAGACCUGUAAUAGUUGUCAAUUUGUUGAGGUAAUCUGAAGAGAUUUCACCCCAUGCUUCCUGAAGCACCUCCCACAAAUUGGAUUGGCUUGAUGGGCACUUCUUACGUACCAUACGGUCAAGCUGCUCCCACAACAGCUCAAUAGGGUUGAGAUCCGGUGACUGUGCUGGCCAUUCCAUUAUAGACAGAAUACCAGCUGACUGCUUCCCUAAAUAGUUAUUGCAUAGUUUGGAGCUGUGCUUUGGGUCAUUGUCCUGUUGUAGGAGGAAAUUGGCUCCAAUCAAACGCCGUCCACAGGGUAUGGCAUGGCGUUGCAAAAUGGAGUGAUAACCUAUCUUCUUCAAGAUCCCUUUUACCCUGUACAAAUCUCCCACUUUACCACCACCAAAGCACCCCCAGACCAUCACAUUGCCUUCACCAUGCUUUACAGAUGGUAUCAAGCACUCCUCCAGCAUCUUUUCAUUUGGUCAGCAUCUCACAAAUGUUCUUCUUUGUGAUCCGAACACCUCAAACUUCGAUUCGUCUUUCCAUAACACUUUUUUCCAAUCUUCCUCUGUCCAGUGUCUGUGUUCUUUUAUGAUCAAUUCUUCUAAUGAUCAAUUAGCCUUUUAAAAUGAUAAAUUUGGAUUAGCAAACACAACGUGCCAUCGAACACAGGACUGAUGGUUGCUGAUAAUGGGCCACUGUACGCCUAUGUAGAUAUUCCAUAAAAAAUCAGCCGUUUCCAGCUACAAUAGCCAUUUACAACAUUAACAAUGUCUACACUGUAUUUCUGAUCAAUUUGAUGUUAUUUUAAUGGACAAAAAAAUUGCUUUUCUUUCGAAAAAAAUGAAAUUUCUAAGUGACCCCAAACUUUUGAACGGUAGUGUAUAUUUUUAAAAUAUUCAGCCUCCUGAUGGUCUGGGGGUAGAAGCUAUUGUCUGUCUGACAAUUUAUGCCAUGAUACUCCUAUACUGCCCACGUCUGAGUGAUGGAAGCGGGGAGAACAGGCCGUGGCUCGGGUGGCUGAGGUCCUUGAUGAUCUUCUUUGCCUUCCUGUGACACCUGGUGUUGCAGGUGUCCUGAAGGGCAGGGCAGUGUGCACCCAAUAGUGCGUUCCUCUGAGCGUACCACCCUCUGUAGAGCCUUGCGGUCAGCGGCGGUGGCGUUGCCGUACCAGGCUGUGAUGCAUCCUGACAGUAUGCUCUCGGUGGUGCUCCUGUAGAACACUGUGAGAGCCCUCAGGGACAGACCAAAUUUCUUCAGCCUCCUGAGGUUGAAGAGUCGCUGUCGUGCCUUCUUCACCACGAUGUCCGCGUGGUUUGACCAUUUCAGCUCCUCGGAGAUGUGUACGCCAAGGAACUUUACGUUUAUUCACCGUCUCCAUGGCGGCCUCGUUGAUAAGGAAGGGGGCGUGCCCAGCCUGGUUCAUCCUGAAGUCCACAAUCAGCUCCUUUGUUUUGCUGACAUUGAGGGAGAGGUUGUUUACUUGGCACCACAUCGUCAGAGUGCCCACCUCCUCUCUGUAGGCCGUCUUGUCGUUGUUGGUAAUCAGGCCUACUACUGUUGUGUCGUCGGCAAACUUGAUGAUGGAGUUGGAACUGUGUGAGGCCAUGCAGUCGUGGGUAUACAGGGAGUACAGGAGGGGACUGAAGACGCACACUUGUGGGGCCCCCGUGUUGAGGAUCAGUGUGGAGGAGGUAAUGUUACCUUCAAGUAGAAGCAUGACUUCUACUUUGCUAAUGCGUAUAGCUGCAGUCGUACUCUAGGAUUAAGUAGGCAGCCAGACAGGAGAGAAGGCAAAUAAAGGCCAUUGCGUGUUUACUCCCCCUGUAGUCUGAUCUGACUUUCAUCCUGGGAGAAGGCUUUGCUCUCUACUCAUCUUAGUUGUUUAUCUAGCUGUAUGAUUCUUCUCCUCCAGGAGACUCUGCUCAGACAAAAUUCACUCUGAAGUCACACCAUCUCCAUGAAAUGAUAGGUGGCCGUCUGCGCUCUAUAAAGGUCCUUUAUAUCAAAUAGUGUCUGUUUAUGUAAUUCUAUAAAGGUCCCCAGCCUCAAGCAAAUAUAAAUUCAAAUACCAAUCCUUCUGUGUACUUUAUAUCACUGACAGAGACACCCACUUAUGGCUUUCAGAUCCUGGCCAUGACCCCACACUCCGAGGGAGUCUCAGGGAGAGUUGGGAAAUGCACAAAACACAUUUCCAAUUCACACAUGCGUAUAAUACACACUUGUACAAAUAUACAGUAAAUAUAGGAUAAAUAUAAGCACCCUCCCACACACUCACACUUAUGGCUCUCUAUGUACAACCUACCAUCUGACUAGUGAUUCUUCAUACUUAAAUCUCUCUUCCCUACAUAAACCGAUAGAUUUGGUUUUGUUAAUGGCAGUCAGAAUUUUCUGCCGCAUUUGCUACUUCCUCGGGAUUAGUCCUCAGCACUUCUAAAUCCACCAGCCGUCUCCCAGCUCUGACACCCAUUGUCUGAGCUUAGCAUGGAUGGCACAGUAGGCUACCUGCUUGCCUGCCUCCCCCAUUCUCCAUUCUCCCUGCCUAAGGCACUCAUUUUCUGCUGUACACCAAGGAGCCAAGCCACAUCCAUCCCAUCUCCUUAAUGAUUCAGCCACAUAGAGCUUUAGUUGUGCUUUUCCUUUGUUUCAUAUUUUAAUUAGAGCCUGGACACUAUGUCUGUCUACAUCUUCAUUACCAUCUCUGGGCCUUUUGUAAUGUACGUUUUGGGUAUGACAACAUGCAUCUCUCUCUCUCUCUCUCUCUCUCUCUCUCUCUCUCUCUCUCUCUCUCUCUCUCUCUCUCUCUCUCUCUCUCUCUCUCUCUCUCUCUCUCUCUAUCGCUCUCCCUCUCUCUCUCUCUCUCUCUCUCUCUUUCUCUCUCUCUCUUUACCUCUCUCUACCUCUUCUACCUGCUAACUGCUGAGUAGGGUUAUUUUGCUGUGGGAUGCUAUUUGACAGGACUCAGGAGAGAGUGUGGGCUGGGCGCUAUCUACUCUUUGGAGCUGGCUAAUUAAAUGUGUGCUAAUUUAUGGUGUGCGAUAGCUGUGUCUUGGGGGUGGGGCGCAGACAGGAUGGUAUGAAUAGAGAUUUAUAAAGCACAUAGCACGUAUGAAGGUGAAGUCCGAGGCUGAGCUACUGAGUGCUGUAGUACAUACAACGUUUUGCUGCUGGACAAUGCAGUCUUUCCAGUUUUAGGUGUGGCUCCUGUACUCGGAUUAUGGGGUUUAUUCUAAAGCUGCACCUUCCAGAGGCUGUGGUGGGAGUCUAGCUGUGGGACCAAGAAGAGGGAGAAACAGGGGUCGGUGUUGAGGUUGGAGUUCUCGUGCUGCAGGCGGUCAGGACUGGGAGCUUUGUAGCUUGACGUGUGUGUAAACCAUACAUGUGUGUGUGAGUCGUGCUCAGUGGUGCUCAGUGCUGCCGUCAGCCCCAGGGACAGAGAGCUGUGUGUGUGCCGUCAAGCGUGAGGACAGGAAAGCGAGACGAGCCAGAGGCUGCUGUGUUAAUAUUCAUGUUUUCAGGUGGGUCUCUGAAACAGAAUGGAUGGAGAGGCAUCCGGUCGGUGCAUGGGGUGCAUGGGGACCGCCUGGAGAUACUGUGUAGCUUUUUCACUGCAAAGUAAGGGUUAACUUUGUUGUUUGUGACGUAAAUUAACCAACAGUUUAAUAAUGAUGUUACGUUUUGGUGGUUUUACUCACUUACUGUAGAAGGUUAACAAUAACAGUGUUUGUGUUGUGAAUGUUCUUGAUGGAGGUUUGACAUUUUACAUUUGUCUGUGUGUUAGAGGGUUAGCGCUGCUGUGAUGUGUAGUAGGGUUAACUGUUGUUUUGUUCACUGUCUCUUUAUGUUGUAUAUUACGGUUAACAACUUCAUUUGAUUGGAUGUGCCUCUGUUCUUUGUAGAGUUAACUGUGUUGUUUGUUCUGUACUAUGUAGUUGGGUUAACUGUGUUGUUUGUUCUGUACUGUGUAGUAGGGUUAACUGUGUUGUUUGUUCUGUACUGUGUAGUAGGGUUAACUGUGUUGUUUUUGCUAGAGGAGUAGGGUUAACUGUGUUGUUUUUGUGUGUGUGCUGUGUGUGAUGAGGUGGAGUGGAGGAGAUGCAGUCUGACUCAUGUGGGGCCAGGGCCAGCCAGCUCUAGUCACUCAGAGACAGGCAGCGCUGUGAGGCUCCUAACAGUUCCUUUGUCUGGGGCUGCUGCAUAAAAGGCCUCUGUCUCCAGAGUGGCCUGGUGAUUUCUGCCUCUGAACCCACCACUGUCAGGUCUGAUUUCAUGCUAUUUCCUGAGCCCCCGCUAAAGAAUACCCACUUUCCCUCCUCCCCCCUUCCUUUUCCUGCUCCUUCCUCCAACCCCCUCCUCUCUCCCCCUCUGCCCACUGAGGAGGCAGGACUGGUAUUACUGUGGCUGGGUGAAGUCUGGAGUGCUGCCGCAUAUUGGAUUCCAUCAUAGAGGGCUAUGGAGGCCUAUCUGUCCUUCUCGCUUUCUCUCUCUAGGUCAUGAUUAGCAGUUGAAAGGUCAGAGGUUAGCUGUUUUAUGUUUCCUGUAUGUGCAGUAACUCAGGUCUGUGCUCUCUUCUCUUGGUCCUCCCAGGCAGCAAGCAUGAGGACGGCACCCAGAGCGACUCUGAGAACGGGAUUGGUCUGCGCUUCGGCAACCGGAGGCUGGCUUUGGAGGAAAGGCUGAGGGUGGCGCAGGGAGGACAGGGGGUUCAGGGGGGCCGGACCACCAGCAACAGGACGGCCUUCAUGAUCGAGUUCUACGAUGACGACAACCCCCGCAAGCGACGCUCCUACUCCUUCUCCCAGACUGCACCGCUGCUUGGCGGCGCGGCCGGGGAGGCUCUGUGCCCCACACCCCCCUCGCACCCUAAGUCCCCCUCUACCACGACCACAGACUUCAGCAAGGCCCCGUUAUCAGCGGCCCUGAUAGCGGGAGCCCCCACGGCCGCCAGAGUGCUGAUGAAGCAGAGGUCUGAGGACCAGAGCAUAGGAAGGAGCUCGGUCAGUACAGGCCACCAGACCACUGAGCCCAGCCCCAGUGAGGAGGGUCUGAGGACCCCUCGGUCCCAGGCGGACAGGGACAGGGAGCAGGAGGACAGGGAGCAGGAGGACGACCAGAGUGAUAAGGGAACCUACACCAUUGAGCUGGAGAACCGCAACCCUGAGGAGGAGGAGGCCAGGCGCAUGAUAGACAAGGUAUGGUCAGCUUUCUGAAGUAUUUUCACACACCUCAAGGAUUUAUCGUUAUGGGUUGGGUUGCUGUGAAUACGAUUUUUAUUUUAUUUUUUAUAUUUUCUGAAUUGUAUGUAGGAAAGCUGACCUGGUUUGAAUGUAAGAAUGGCCAAGUUCUAUGUGUCUUGAAUUAACUGUAUUGAACGGGUCAUUCAAAGGUCAUGUUAUUUUUCUUCCGUUUUCUAAAAUGCACUAAGCAUGCUGAGCUUUUGAAGCUUUUGAACCUGUAAUGGUCUGUCAUAAUGAUUUAUUACAUCGCUAUUUUCCGAAUGAAAAGCAUUUUUCUAUGUCCUCUGAUGCUUUGUGACCCAUGGGUAAAAGUAAAAGGAUUUUGUAAUGUAUUUUAUUUCCAACUGAAUGUGGUCAUUGCGAGACUAAUUGAAAAUAUUUCCAUUGUACAAUAUGUAGUCUAAAACUUUUAUACACUGAAGGUCUUGGUCAGGCACUUUCACUAAUAUACACAUUUUCAAUGGUAUAUUAACAAAGAAAUGUUACUGUCAGGAAAUGGUAUACCCAGCAGCAUAGGUCUUCGCCCUGAUAUGGAGAUCAAUUUCCCUCAAGUCUCUCUGUUCUAAUUAGGGUUAGCUCAUAUAAACAGCCAUACACAACGAGAGAGUGGGCUAUCACUAUUCAACUCCUGAGUGGCGCAGUGGUCUAAGGCACUGCAUUGCAGUGCUAACUGUGCCACUAGAGAUUCUGGUUUGAAUCCAGGCUCUGUCGCAGCCGGCCGCGACCGGGAGACUCAUGGGCGGCGCACAAUUGGCCCAGCGUCGUUCAGGGUAGGGGAGGGAAUGGCCGGCAGGGAUGUAGCUCAGUUGAUAGAGCAUGGCGUUUGCAACGCCAGGGUUGUGGGUUCGAUUCCCACAGGGGGCCAGUAUAAACAAAUAUGUAUUCACUAACUGUAAGUCGCUCUGGAUAAGAGUGUCUGCUAAAUGACUAAAAUGUAAAUGUAAUAGUGUGUAUAACCUGGCUGUCACAAUCCAGUGUAACAGCUGCCAUAAUAAAUACCACAGUUAACACCACAUAAGACUCAUGAGUAACUCCCUUAAGGAUACACAAUUUAGAUAAAAAUUGAGCAGAAAUGUCAUCAUCCAUCCUUGCUUUCUUCCAAAUUAACCAUUCUAUUGACACCUAGGGACUAGUUUAUGAUUAUAAUACCUUGCUGCAAAACAAGGUUAGCCUUUAGCUAAUCCUCACUCUGACCACAGCAUUCCACAUGUUACAUACCGCUGUAGAGCAAAUCUAAUGGGGCUCACCAUCGAGCUCUCUCCAUUAUUCCAUAGUGCUCCAGGGAGUUUAGAAAACCACCAUGGUUUGCUAAUGUAACAGCUGCCUGCGUGCUUUCUCAUGCUAAAUGAAAAUAUUUCUAAAAGGGCGAGUCUCGGAAGUAGAGAAGUAAGGGUUUACUGCUGGCUUAAGAUUCCCCCAAAUAAGCUCAGUUUAAACUCUUAAACGUGUAGCCCUGAGAUGUAAUUUUUUACUCAUUAAACAUUUAUAUGUGACUUAAAAGAUUAUAUUUGGGGCACGGAGUAAUUGGAGAGUGGGUGGGGCAUUGGUUGUCAGAUUUAUUUAGAGCAUAGACUGGGUAGCCUUCUCUAAACUAGAAGUGUGAUGAUGGUAAUUCCUCUAAUUAGCUGACACACUAAUUGGCACACUGCUCCCUGUCUUUUUACAUGGCCGUUAUGGAUGUUUGAAGUGUGUGGGGCAGCGCUUUGAUCCAACUGGCCCUCAUGUUGGUCCAAUAUCAGCCACCUUUGUCUACGGAGUAGACUACCGUGAGUGGCAGUGAUGAGUCAUGAAGCUCUUUAUUGCCUUGAUACUCAGGUGUUUGGGGUGGAGCAGAACCAGGAUCUGUCUGUCUCAGGACCAGUAGAACACCAACAGGGAGGAGCAGGGAAGGAGAAGAAGGAGAGGAAGAAGACCACAGAGACGGGAGAAGCUGUGAAACCAAGCUGCCUUCCAUCUGAGGUAAAACACCCCUUCCAUGGAGACAGAAAUGAUUACACCCAAUCUCUCACGGCUUUUAGUCAUCAUAGUCACCAGGCUACCAACACCUGAUAGCAUCUAUCUCAUUCAGUGAUGUAAUGCUUGAGAAAUGUAACAGUCACUGAGAUUCAUUAUUAUGCCCCUGACGUAUUAGGGUGGAGUCGCUCGUUGUCUUUUUCUAUGACCCUCAGAUUCCUUCUUAGGGACGGGACAGCCUCUGAAGACUGUUAAGUGUUAAUAUGCUAAAAUAACAUUUAUUUUCCAGUGGAACUCCCAUUGUUUUAGUUUUCUGAGGGGAAUGAUGCACAAACCAGAAAUGAGCGACAGAGGCCUGUCUAAAGUGGCCUAUCUAUUUUUACUAUAAAAGGAGGAAAGCAAGAGCUCCAGAUGACUCUGUUGGAAGGGGAGUAGUGGAGUGUCAGCCAGGCACUCCCUGACUUGACCGCUUCCUUGUUAUUCACAGAGUAGGCCACUCAGUGCCUGACCUAGUUCAUAGAGAGAUGAGAAAUUACAAUUUUUCCCCUCCAGGCAAAUUCCAUACAAGCACGAGGGGAGGAAUGAGACUGUAUAUAGGCUACAAUAGUCUAUCUGAUGUAUAUGGGGAUCUCUGUUGUAUAUUCUGUUCAGUACUAUUUCUGCUAUUCUGUUCAGUUACUAUUUCAGCUUUAGCUUGUGACUUUCUGAUAGGACUCCAUGCAAGGGAAUACACUUUGGCUCUGUGAAAACAAUAUAUUCAGAUAGAUCAUUUCACAUUCCCAUGCUUGGUUUAAAAUAUUAAUCAGCUGAUACAUAAUGAAUAUGAUAUAACGAAUGGCAGCAGAGUUGUGUUCUGUGUCCUCCCUGCUAUAUGUGGAUACUCCCUCCAGCUCUAGGUGGCCAGUAGCAGGGAUUGCUAGGUUAACUGUCUCUUCCGACAGCCGCUGUAUCUCUGAAUGGGGUGCCAUGAGUCUGUCAAGAGAGACUAGGCUAACUGUAUCUGUGCUCACUCUCUCUCUCUCUCUCUCUCUCUCUCUCUCUCUCUCUCUCUCUCUCUCUCUCUCUCUCUCCAGAGUGUGUCUGAAAACCCGGUGGCAGUGGGCAGUAGUCGCUGGGUGUCUCAGUGGGCCAGUCUAUCUGCUAACCACACCAGGACCGACCCAGAGGGGUCUGGGGCUGAGUCACCUGCCUUUGUCCAUCAGCAGAGAGGUACAGUAGGGAUCCUAUAUUUACCAAAAUCAGGAGAAUGUGGAUCUGCAUCUGUCUUAGCAUAGGUGUAUUUUCUUCACAUAAUAGCACAAAAUUACUAUGGUUGAGUUGGAAUAUUUAUUUAUUUAACUAGAAAUGUAGCUUUACUAUUUUUGUUUAUUUCUUCCAGAAGUGGAUGCCUUUGAGUCGGGCGUGUCCAUCCGAAGCGCCAGCUCUGCCACCUCCAGUCUCACCGAGCGUAAACGCAGGACCCUCCCCCAGCUCCCCAUCGACGACCCCCGGGCCAAGCCAGGGAAGAGCUUGUCCGGCCUAGGCCUGCAUCGCUCAGAGAUCGGGGAGAAACAGGACACGGAGCCCCAGGAGAAGAGCCAAGUGGAGCAUAAAGGAGACGGGGCGUGCUUUACCUCCAUAGAGGAGGGGGAUAUGAUGAAGGGCAAACAGAACCAGACCAAGGCCCCGCUACAGGCCUCCUCCAAGCCCCCUCUCCGACCUAUGAGCAGCAGUGAGAAGAGGUCCGAGGAGAGGAGGAGGCGGGCGGAGGACAGGAUUCAGCACCACAGCAAAGGAGGAGAGGACUUUGGGGAGAAGUCAGGGGGCAAGCCCCUGGUCCGCCAGGGCAGUUUCACCAUCGAGAAGCCCAGUGGUGUGGUGCCCAUUGAGCUGAUCCCUCGGAUCAAAGGUGGUGCCAGUGUCCUGGGCCGCGAACGCAGUGACUCUGUGGGCAGCAUGGACACAGCCACCCUGCUGAAGGACACAGAGGCUGUCAUGGCCUUCCUGGAGGCCAAGCUGAGGGACGAGAACAAGCUGGACAGAGCCAACCGGGCAGGUUCUAUCUCCCCUGAGUCAGACGUGGACACGGCCAGCACCUACAGCCAGGCAGCAGGGGAGGGAGAGAAGAAAGCAGCCCACCAGAAACGCCGCUCCCUCAGCAGCCUGCACAAGGAGAAGAGCAACCUGAGCUCAACCUCCAAAACCGCUGCCAGCACCACCGCCCGCGAGCGCCUGGAGAGGAAGACCAAAACCAGAACCGAUCCCAGCCGGCCAGAUGCCCGCCGCUCCGUCCAGCCUGCCUCCUCGCGGGCACGCCAACCAUCCCAAGAUCUCACGGAUGAUGAUCAGACCUCGUCUUUCCCCAUCUCCGACAUCCUCUCCUCUGACCAGGAGAGUUUGUAUAGUCGCUCGUACGGCCGCAGCCACUUCACCUCUACGGAUGACCUGCUACAUUCCAAACUGGAGGCCAAAUCCGGCAGCAAGACCAGCUCCAGUAAGUCCAGUAAGACCCUCCAGGCCGCCACAGCUUCCUCCCUGGGGAAACAGGCCUCUCUUCCCCAGCCACGGCCUACCAGAACCUCCCUGCUCCGCCGGGCCCGGCUGGGGGACACGUCCGACACGGACCUGCCCGAUGCAGACAGGAUGUCUGUGGCCUCCGAGGUGUCCACCACCAGUUCCACGUCCAAGCCUCCGUCUGGUCGUAAAGGCCCCUCGCGGCUGGACAUGCUGGCCCAGCCCAGGAGGACGCGGCUGGGCUCCAUCUCGGCCCGUAGUGACUCAGAGUGUAAUGUGGGCCGGAGCAGCACCUCCUCCCCUCGCCUGUCUGCAGAGACCGCCCUGCGUCUGGGACUCCGCUCCUCCACCCCCACCGACAACAAAAUGGCUCCUCGCAUGAGGGCCAACAGUGUGUCCAAGCUGACUGAGGCCAAGUCCAGAAUCAGCCCCUCCAUCCACAGCACUCCCUCAGGUGAGAUCCUGCUUUCAUCUCCGAUACAUUCACUCUGAUAUAAGGUACAGAUUGAAACACUCAGUCUUCUAUUAUUGAAUGUAAAAAACAGUUAAGGGGUAAAGGAGCAAGUCAAAUGCUAUCUUCUGUGUAAAGGAAUGUUUAGGAUUUUUCCUCUAUUACAUCAUUGCAGUCUUGGUCAGUGUUUGUCCUUGUCCAUGUGUGUGUUGUGAUCAGUGUAAAUCACUCUCAUUGUCUGACUGUCUGUCCUGUUCAGAGAGCCCUCAGCCUGAGCCUGACCCUUCAGAGGAGGUGCUCAUGGGUACUGUACCGGAGAGAGCUCUGUGUGUGUGUGGGGGGGAGGGGGGAGGGGUUAGUGUGUGUGUGGUGUAAUGGUUUUUAGUGUUUUUAGUGUGUGUGUGGUGUGUUUAGUGUGGUGUGUUAAGUGUUUGUGUGGUGUGUCCUAAUGCUCUACUCCAACCUUAUAUCUUAUUGGACGAUAUAGAGGUAUUACUAUGGACACAAGUUUCAAAUUGGAUAGAAGUGAAUUGUUAUUUGCCCAAACCCUUUAUCGGCCAAAAGCUGACCAAUCUUUUAUUCAAUCUUAAUUGCCAAUAAGCUAAGGGUUACAGAGCCAAAAGGAUUACGUCAAGUGUUACUGAGCCAACCUAACCUCAUUGCUGAUGCAAGACAUGAGCAAUGUUGUGGGCAGCGCUGGAUUGUGUUGUUUAGUGGCUGUACACCGCCUAGUGGAAAUAUUGAUUUAAGACAUUGUCAUAGCAUAUUAGAACUUGUCAUGUAGUUAAGUAAAAUGUUAUUACAGUGAAUCCAAUUGACAUAUUUGAAAUCUAGAGAGAGCAUUUGGUCGUCCAUGUACAGGCUACAGGCUAUUAGGUGCAGAUGUGACAUUGUGAGAAACCAUCCCACUGGGUACAGACGUCAGUUCAACGUCUAUUAUUAAUUUAAUCUUUGGUUGAGUUGUCAACUAACGUGAAUUCAAUGUGAAAUCAACAAACAAAAAAAUCUUUGUGUCAUUGGAUUUAGGUAAAAAGUUUGGGGAAUAAAAUAUGAAAUUCCCUUACGUUGAUGACUUUUUACAAAUCCAAUGAGUUUUCCAUGUUGAUUCAACGUCAUCACAUAUCAUUUUUUUGUUGGAAUGACGAGGAAACAACGUUGAUUCAACUAGUUUUUGCCCAGUGGAAUGGCUUAACAUGUCCUCCAAGGUAUCCAUACCUUGUUUGAUGCUUGGGUGAUGGGGCGUCAGCGUUGGAUGCUUUUGUUGGGUGUCAUGUGACAGGAAUCAGUCUGCCUUUCUAACUGCUGUUUAUUGUUGUUCCUAAUAAUUACAGAAUGAGCUCCUCAAAUGAUAACCUUUAAUUCCAGAUACAGACUCGAAAUUAGUUCAGUUAUGUUACUUACAUCCUUAUGUAAAUAGAACACCCUUCAACUGAAACAAGGUUUAUGAUAUUUGCUAUGUUUGUUUAUCUGACAAUUCUAAGAAUUCUUACAUUAUUCAUGUACUGUAUCAUCAUCACUAGCCACAGCGCAACCUUGUGUCAGUGAAGGAGUGGGCAUAGAUUCUCUGCAUCUUUAACACAUUCCCUAAGAUGAGUACAUCAUGUAACUAAUCCACCAUGAGUGUGGCAGUGACCUCACCUUCUAACAGAGCAGUACACUCUUAGAAAAAAGGAUCCAAAAGGAUUCUUCGGCUGUCCCCAUAGGAUAACCCUUUUUGGUUCCAGGUAGAACUCUUUUUGGUUCCAGGUAGAACCCUUUUGGGUUCCAUGUACAGUAUAACCCUCUAUGGAAAAGGUUCUACAUGGAACCCAAAAUGGUUCUACCUGGAACCAAAAAUGGCUCUUCAAAGGGUUUUCCUAUGGGUACAGUUGAAGAACCCUUUUAGGUUCUGGAUAGCACCUUUGUCACUGGAAACAGGAAACUGAGACAGUGAAGCAUUAGAUUCAGGCCUACCUAGGCAGAUACAUUAAAAUCAAUCAAAUGUAUUUAUAAAGCCCUUUUUACAUCAGCAGAUUUCACAAAGUGCUUAUACAGAAACCCAGCCUAAAACCCCAAACAGCAGCAAUGCAGAUGUAGAAGCACGUUAGCUAGGAAAAACUGCCUAGAAAGUCAGGAACCUAGGAAGAAACAUAGAGAGGAACCAGGCUCUAAGGGGUGGCCAGUCCUCUUCUGGCUGUGCCAGGUGGAGAUGAUAAAAUUACAUGGCCAUUAAGGCCAGAUUGUUCUUCAAGAUGUUCAAACGUUCAUAGAUUACCAGCAGGGUCAAAUAAUAAUCACAGUGGUUGUACAGGGAGCAACAGGUCAGCACCUCAGGAGUAAAUGUCAGUUGGCUUUUCAUAGCCGAGCAUUCAGAGGUCGAGACAGCAGGUGCGGUAGGUAGGUGUAAGGGGGGGGGAAGAGAGAGAGAGAGAGAGAGAGAGAGAGAGAGAGAGAGAGAGAGAGAGAGAGAGAGAGAGAGAGAGAGAGAGAGAGAGAGAGAGAAGCAGGUCCGGGACAAGGUAGCACUUCUGGUGAACAGGUCAGGGUUCCAUAGCCGCAGGCAGAACAGUUGAAACUGGAGCAGCAGCACGACCAGGUGGACUGGGGACAGCCAGGAGUCAUCAGGCCAGGUAGUCCUGAGGCAUGGACCUAGGGCUCAAGGCCUCUGGGAGGGGAGGGAGAGAGAAAGAGAGAAUUAGAGGAAGUAUACUUAAAUUCACAGAAUUACAAACUGACCCUAGCCCCCCGGCACAUACACUAUUGCAGCAUAGAUGUUAAUAGUGACUAGCUAGAGGGAGAGAGCAAGUGGUAUACCUUCACUGAUUAUGUGCCACUGUUAAAACCACAUACAUUUCCUCGAGCCUCAUAUCAGGCUAUCUUGCCUACAGAAUAUAUUUUCUAUGAUUUGUCUAGAGAUCAGAGUUACAGAAAUCUGCUUGGCUUGCUUUAAGAUAGAAUGCUUUAGACACUGUGAGAAUCCUGUGCUUUCUGAGUGAGUGAAAUAACCUCAAACAAAACACAAAUUAUCUAUUGAUAACUGUAUCUUUCCUCCUGACCUUAGCCUCUAACAGGUGGAGACGGCUGCCCCCAGAGUAUGGAUCGACCUCAGAGGAGGAGUUUGGCUCCAACAGGAACUCCCCCAAACCCGGGCGCCCCCUGCGCCCCCACUCGGUCCUGAGGGGUACCAGACUAGGGGGCUCCACCAGCAGCCUUAACUCUGGUCAGGUUGGCCCUGGAGGCAUGGUCCUCAAAAACCGCAUGAGAGAGCAGGAGGAGUACAUCAAGGACUGGACUGCUCACAGCGAGGAGAUCGCCAGGUACUCAUCUACUCCGACAUAUGUACUCACACAUGCAUACACAAGACUGCAUGGGUACAUACACAAACACAUAUACACACACCUCAGAUAGCGCAUAACGUUCUGAGAACCAUAUGUUUCUUAGAGCUUGGUGAGAGCGUAGUUGUCCUAUGGUUAUUUUGCAUAAAACCUUCCCACAACCUUCUGGGAAUGGUGCAGGAUACCCAGCUAGUACAUAACGUUCUGAGAACCAUAUGUUUCUUAGGUGGGAAUUUCAGUACUUCAGCAUAAUGUUUCCUACAGGUUUCCUUAUGGUUCUAUUUAAAGUAAUGUUCUCAAAUUGUUCUGAGAACGUUAAGAAACAACGUUCUUCUGUGGGAAUUCCAGUUCUUCAGCAUAAUGUUUUCUGCAAGUUUCUCAGAACAUAAAAAACACAAAAAAAACAUUAGUAACGUUCAAAGAACGUUCUAAGAAUGUUAUUUAAAAAUAUAUGCAUUCCGUUCUCAGCUUCAACAAAACUUUUUAUAUCCUCUAUCUUGUUAAGUGUGUUCAGGUAAUGAGUGCUUGUUUCCUUUAAAAUGGGGUCUGUUUGAAUAGAUUAACAGCUUUGUGUGAAUUAUAAAAACAUGACAUGUGAGCUCCAUCCUGGUGGCGCAGUAGACAGUAGACUAAUUCCAUGGAUAGGUAAUAGAAGAUCGUAGGUUCGAAUCUCACUGACACCGGGCCACAACAAAAAAUAAAUAUGAUUGAUGCCUAAGCAAAUUAAUUUCCAUGUGUCCUAUCUGUACAUGGAGUUCAAAACAGUUAACCUAAGCUUGCAGCAUUAUUAAAAGCAUUAUUGAAUAUUAAAAGCAUUAAUGAAACAAUGGCUGAUUCCGGUAAGACAAGGGGUGGCGGUCUGUGUAUAUUUGUAAACAACAGCUGGUACAUAAAAUCUAAUUCUAAGGAAGUCUUGAGGUUUUGCUCGCCUGAGGUAGAGUAUAUCAUGAUAAGCUGUAGACCACACUAUUUACCAAGUGAGUUUUCAUCUAUAUUUUUCAUAGCUGUCUAUUUACCACCACAAACCGAUGCUGGCACUAAGUUUGCACUCAAUGAGCUGUAUAAGGCCAUAAGUAAACAGGAAAACGCUCAUCCAGAGGCAGCGCUCCUAGUGGCCGGGGACUUUAAUGCAAGGAAACUUAAAUCCGUUCUACCUAAUUUGUACCAUGUUAAAUGUGCAACCAGAGGAAAAAAAACUCUAGACCACCUUUACUCCACACACAGAGACGCGUACAAAGCUCUCCCUCGCCCUCCAUUUGGCAAAUCUGACCAUAACUCUAACCUCCUGAUUCCUGCUUAUAAGCAAAAACUAAAGCAGGAAGCACCGGUGACUUGGUUAAUAAGGAAGUGGUCAGAUGACACAGAUAAUAAGCUACAGGACUGUUUUGCUAGCACAGACUGGAAUAUGUUCCGGGAUUCUUCCGAUAGCAUUGAGGAGUACACAACGUCAGUCACUGGCUUCAUCAAUAAGUGCAUCGAUGACGUCGUCCCCACAAUGACCGUAUGUACAUACCCCAACCAGAAGCCAUGGAUUACAGGCAACAUCCGCACUGAGCUAAAGGGUAGAGCUGCCGCUUUCAAGGAGCGGGACUCUAACCCGGACGUGUAUAAGAAAUCCGGCUAUGCCCUCCGACGAACCAUCAAACAGGCAAAGAGUCAAUACAGGACUAAGAUUGAAUCGUACUACACCGGCUCUGACACUUGUUGGAUGUGGCAGAGCUUGAAAACUAUUACAGACUACAAAGGAAAGCACAGCUGUGAGCUGCCCAGUGACACAAGCCUACCAGACGAGCUAAAUCACUUCUAUGCUCGCUUCGAGGCAAGUAACACUGAAGCAUGCAUGAGAGCAUCAGCUGUUCCGGAUGACUAUGUGAUCACGCUCUCCGUAGCCAAUGUGAGGAAGACUUUUAAGCAGGUCAACAUUCACAAGGCCGCAGGGCCAGACGGAUUACCAGGACGUGUACUCCGAGCAUGCGCUGACCAACUGGCAAGUGUCUUCACUGACAUUUUCAACAUGUCCCUGACCGAGUCUGUAAUACCAACAUGUUUCAAGCAGACCACCGUAGUCCCUGUGCCCAAGAACACGAAGAUAACCUACCUAAAUGACUACCAACCCGUAGCACUCACGUCUGUAGCCAUGAAGUGCUUUGAAAGGCUGGUCAUGGCUCACAUCAACACCAUUAUCCCAGAAACCCUAGACCCACUCCAAUUUGCAUACUGCCCCAACAGAUCCACAGAUAAUGCAAUCUCUAUUGCGCUGCCCUUUCCCACCUGGACAAGAGGAACACCUACGUAAGAAUGCUAUUAAUUGACUACAGCUCAGCGUUCAACACCAUAGUGCCCUCAAAGCUCAUCACUAAGCUAAGGACCCUGGGACUAAACACCUCCCUCUGCAACUGGAUCCUGGACAUCCUGACGGGCCGCCCUCAGGUGGUAAGGGUAGGUAACAACACAUCUGCCACGCUGAUCCUCAACACGGGGGCCCCUCAGGGGUGCGUGCUUAGUCCCCUCCUGUACUCCCUGUUCCAUGACUGCAUGGCCAGGCACAACUCCAAUGUUGAACGCUGAGCUGUAGUCAAUGAAUAGCAUUCUCAUGUAGGUGUUCCUCUUGUCCAGGUGGGAAAGGGCAGUGUGGAGUGCAAUAGAGAUUGCAUAAUCUGUGGAUCUGUUGGGGCGGUAUGCAAAUGUAGGUGGGUCUAGGGUUUCUGGGGUAAUGGUGUUGAUGUGAGCCAUGACCAGCCUUUCAAAGCAUUUCAUGGCUACAGACGUGAGUGCUACGGGUCGGUAGUCAUUUAGGCAGGUUAUCUUAGUGUCCUUGGGCACAGGGACUAUGGUGGUCUGCUUGAAACAUGUUGGUAUUACAGAGGGUAGUGCAUACGACCCAGUACAUCACUGAGGCCAAGCUUCCUGCCAUCCAGGACCUCUAUACCAGGCAGUGUCAGAGGAAGGCCCUAAAAAUUGCCAAAGACUCCAGCCACCCUAGUCAUAGACUGUUCUCUCUGCCACCGCACGGCAAGCGAUACUGGAGCGCCAAAUCUAGGUCCAAAAGGCUUCUUAACAGCUUCUACCCCCAAGCUAUAAGACUCCUGAACAGCUAAUCAUGGCUACACAGACUAUUUGCUUUGCCCCCCCCACCCCCACCCCCACCCCCCUCUUUUACACUGCUGCUACUCUGUUUAUUAUUUAUGCAUAGUCACUUUAACUCUACCCACAUGUACAUAUUACCUCAAUUACCUCGACUAACCGGUGCCCCCGCACAUUGACUCUGUACUGGUACCCCCUGUAUAUAGCCUCCCUACUGUUAUUUUAUUUUACUGCUGCUCUUUAAUUAUUUUGUAUUUUUUUACUCAACUUUUUGUUUUUUUCUUUAAAAACUGCAUUGUUGGUUAAGGGCUUGUAAGUAAGCAUUUCACUGUAAGGUCUACACCUGUUGUAUUCGGCGCAUGUGGCAAAUCAAAUUUGAUUUGAUUUGUUCUCAGAACGUUAUUUAAUUACCUUAAAAAUAACCUAUCAUUUCCGUUCUCAGAACGUUAAUAAAGCCUCCCAGGAAAACAUUCAGGGAACCAUAGUAAAAUGUUGUCAGAACUUCCCUGCAACAUAAAAAUGUAAAUUCCCAGAACAGGCAAAAUGUUCAUUUACAAAACGUUCAGUUUUACCGGUCAGGAAACCUAUGGCUUCGUUCUCGGAACCAAUGGGAAACCAAAAACCUACGUUCCCACAACUUUCAAGGAACCAAAUGUGCUAGCUGGGACACAAACACAAGCACAAGUAUCCAUCUACUUUUACUCAUUCAUAUCACAGAUAUUUGUAUUUGAAUCCACAAGGAAUCUCAGUUCAGUUUAUAUGCCUCAUGGACAUGGCACAAUUGGUCAAUAAGAUACUAUCUGUAGAUAGGGCAGCCCAAUGAAUGGCUUAGUGUUUUCUCUCUGAUCAAACAACUGUCAUCUUUAGUUAGUCCACUCUAACUGACUCUGUUUUGUGAAGCUGUAAUAAAUGGUUCCCAACUCAGCAGGGACUUUCACACAGUAUGGUGGUCAUGAGAUAGAACCAUACCAUCUAAGACAUAGAGCUCCUGUGUUCUCCUUCAUGGGAAGGUUGGUUUAUCAACAGUCACUGUCUCUCUCCUCACCCCUGCACCCUUCCUCACCCUGCAUAUCUUCCACUUGACCUAGUAGUCACAGGGAGACUGAACUGAGCAGACAGCAGGGAGAAAGGGACCGAUUCAACCAGCCUCAGAGCAAGCACAAGGAAUUUCUUAAAAAAGAAAGGACCCGCAUCAGACAAGGCAAUUGAAAGUAAUGGAGGACAAUAUGUUAUUGUAAGCAGCUCUUAGUAUAGCAUUUUUGAAGUUCAGGUUCCUUGCAUAAAAUGCUUGUGAAGGAUAUUAUCAUUUACAAGUUAAUAUUGUCAAUUCACAUUGAAAAUGGUCUUACCUCCAUCUAGUGGACAGUAUUUAUAAUGGUUCUAUGUGCUGUGCUGUGUCCGUUCAUUAUACAUUAAACUAAGUGCUUUUUGUUGAGGCUGACAUGCAGACGUUCCUCAAUGUCUAAUGAGUAGUCUUGGUUUAUAUAAUUGUGAGAUAUCUGUUUGUGUGUACUGUUUAUUGAAGUGUCACUCACCGCCCAGUUCCAGCAGCCCAUCUGAUGUAUCAUAGGUUAUUUCCCUGUGUGCGUAGGAUCAGUCAAGACCUGGCCAAGGACCUGGCCAUCCUCGCCCGGGAGAUUCACGACGUGGCCGGAGAGAUCGACUCGGUCAGCUCCUCUGGCACGGCUCCCAGCACCACGGUCUCCACCGCCGCCACGACGCCCGGCUCCGCCAUCGACACCCGCGAAGAGGUAGGCCGCACGCAGGAGGGCAUGAAAAAGGUGCUUGACUUUUACUUUAUUCUCCCCUUCCUUACUUUUCUUUCAAUUAAUUAAUCAAAUGUAUUUAUAAAGCCCCUUUUACAUCAGCAGAUGUCACAAAGUGCAAUACAGAAACCCAGCCUAAAACCACAAACAGCAAGCAAUGCAGAUGUAGAAGCACGGUGGCUAGGAAAAACUCCCUAGAGAGGCAGAAACCUAGGAAGAAACCUAGAGAGAAACCAGGCUCUAUACUACUAACGCUCAAUGGCCUCUGCUUCAGCUUUGCAUUGGCUUUGAUCUGCUGCCCGAAGGUGUGGACUGUGAACUGGCAUUGUGCUUUGAGCUUUCUUGUAUCCCAUUUUGAGUAUACCUGCUGUAUACUGAUCAGAAAUUACUAAAAGGUGUAUUUGCAUUCUCUUAACAAGCUUUCAUUGACCUUUCUCUGCUAACUUCUUUAAUACCUAAUUCAUAACUAUCUAACUCAUAACUAUGAUAAUCUGGUUCAUCUGUAGCAUGGUCAUAGCAUACAUACAUUCAUACAGAGUAGAUACAGUAUAAAUGUUCAAUUCAUGGUUAACAGUUGUGUAAAACCACAGCAAUCAUACAGCUUCCCCAUAUAAUUGACAAUCUCUUCCUCUGCCCCUCAUAGCUGGUUGACCGUGUGUUCGACGAGAGCCUCAACUUCAGGAAGAUCCCUCCCAUGGUGCAGAACAAGGCCCCUGAGAUAAACGGACGCCCUGUGGAGCUCCGCCCCCGCGCCCCAGACAGCCUGGACUCCCACUCUGCCCUCCGCAGACGCACAUGGAACAGGGAUGAGGCGGUGGUGGACAGUCUGCUGCUCACAUCUGUCUCUCAGCUGUCAGCCAAAAUCAGACAGUCUGUUGACAAAACAGCAGGAAAAAUACGGUAACAAUCAAGCUCUUUAUGUUGUUUGUAUCUAUAUAUCUGACAUUCACAAGAGAUCAAGGAGAUAUUAAGCAAAGCAACUUUAUGAUCUAUGAUUUUUCCAGAAUAUUGUUCAAAGACAAGGACAGGAAUUGGGAUGAGAUUGAGAGCAAACUCCGAUCUGAGAGCGACAUACCACUUCUCAAAACCUCCAACAAGGUAAGGACGAAACAGGUUAUACAUUUAUUUUUUCCUUAUUUAUUUUUAUAAAUAAAUUGUCAUAACGAAGCAACCUUCUUUUCCUCUCUCGUGUCACUGCCUUCCCCUUACCUCUCUUGGAACAGCAGAUCUCCUCUAUCCUCGUGGAGCUGAAGAGAGUAGAGAAGCAGCUACAAGGUAAGAUAGCAUGGUAGACCACCGCUAAGAAGACUCUGUGGGCAGUAGCAUUGCAAAUAGAUUCAGACUUAUAAACACAUUAGUUUCACUACAUGCAUUCCAAUUGCUUUAACAUGUACUGUAUAAUCCCAAUCAAACACAAACUCAUCCAUUUGAACCAAUCUCCUGUAUUUCUCAUACAGUGAUAAAUGUCAUGGUGGAUCCUGAUGGCACCCUGGAUGCCCUGAGCAGCCUUGGCCUGACCAGCCCCCUUACACCCAAGCCCACUCCUGGUUCUCAGGGGCCCCAGGAGGCCCUCCCAGGCCCCGCAGCCUCAGCCAGGGGCAACACCGCCUCCUCAGCCCCCACUGAGGGGUCAGGGUCUGGGUCAACCAGAGACCUGGGAGGCCUGCAAUUCAACCGCAUCCAUCCCAGUGGAGAAGAGAGUGCCAUCACCCAGAAGUGA